GGCGAGGCCUGAGGCGGGGAAAGAGGCGGAGCGGCGGCUGAGGCGGCAGCGCGCGAGAGGAGAGCGAGCGGAGCCGCCGGCGCCAGAGAGAGGAGAGAGGAGGAAGCCGGCCCUCUUUAAGGUUCCGCUUCCCCGCCGCUCAGGUGAGGUGACGGCCUUCCUCUCGGUGGCGACGCCGCUGAGGGAAGGGGCGAGGGUUUGAGGGGCGCCAGUAGGCCGCGAGGGGGAGGGGGAGGGCGCGGCUCGAGGGGAGGGGGAGAGGUUAAGCAUGGACUAAGGUGAGCCCUGCGGCUGGAUCAGGCCCGAGGGUGCCUCACCCAGCCCAGCUAUCCUGUUCCCGCAGUGGCCGAGCGGGGGAAACCCGCCACAGCGCUUUCCCACAGAAUGGGAAGGGGUCCCGAGGGUCAUCUAGUCCAGCCCCCUUGCAAGGCAGGGGUAGAUACAGUACAGUGGUUCAGUGGUUAAGUACUUAAUUCGUACUGGAGAUCUGUUCUUAACCUGAAACUGUUCUUAACCUGAAGCACCACUUUAGCUAAUGGGGCCUCCCGCUACCGCCGUGUGAUUUCUGUUCUCAUCCUGAAGCAAAGUUCUUAACCCAAGUUACUAUUUCUGGGUUAGUGGAGUCUGUAACCUGAAGCAUCUGUAACCUGAGGUACCACUGUAGUGGUAGGCGAAUGGACCCUCCUAUCUCAGACUCAAGCAUCAAAUUGCCCGACAAGCAAAGGUGCUGUUUAGCAGCAAACAAAGUACAUAGGUAGAUAGAUAAACUUUAUUCGCAUUAGCCAACGGCCAUAGCAACAUAAAACAAGCAAUAUAUACAAUUAAAAAGACAACAGUGGGUAAAAAGGACAAUAAAAUGAUCAAGAUUAUCGUUCAGAUAUUGGCCCUUAAUCUCAUUGCACCCUUGAUAAACCUAACAAGGCAGGGAUAUGCAGGUGGCCCGUAUGGGGAUCGGAACUUGGGGUCUUGAACCGCCAAACUUUCUCCCCUCCUGUGAUUCCCAGCAACUGGUAUUUGGAAGCACCGCUGCCUCCAGCUGGGGACGAAGAGCCUUUGGUAGCCCUCUCCUCCUCCAUGAACCAACAUUUAAAAAGCCAUUCAGGUUGUUGGCCCUUGCCCCUUCCUGUGGAAGGGAGUUCCAGAGUUUAACUGUGCGUUGCAAGUCUUUUCUUUUAUCCGGUCUUACUCUUCCAACCUUCAGCUUCCUACAGGAGUGUUAUGGGAGACAGAGAAAAACUUCUCUCUAUCCACUUUCUGCAUGCAAUGCAUAGUUUUAUAAAUGAUCAUGUCGCCUCUUUUUUAAAGCGUUUAUUAAUUUUCCAAUAAAAACAUCCAGUUAACAUAUCAAAUCAAAUCCAAUAAAAAAAGGUCCAAUUGUCUUCCAAAUUGUAAUAAUUUUGUUUUGACUUCCCACAGUCUGAAUUUCAAAGCGCAUUCAACAUCAUAGUCCUGCCUCUCAUCAUCCUCAAUGUUAUUCAUAAUUCCAUGUCCGAUUUUUCCCUUCCACAUUUUGACUCUGGUUCUACGAUCCUCACUCAUGUCAGAAAACCGAUACUUUUUCUUUUCUUUGGAGUGCAGAUUUGUCCGUAUAUUGUACUCCUUGAGCUGUUUUUUCAUCACACCGCUUCAUUUAAUUGCAUCCAAUUUCAAAGUUCUGUCCAGCUCUUUGAGAGUUGUUAUUUUGGCAGCUCCCAGAUUGUUAAUCUUUCCCGUCCAGGUGUUAUCAAAGAAACAGAGAGAAAUUUCCUUCUGUACCCUCCUUGUUGAUUUAUCUUAAACAGACUGUUUGCAAUGUAGCCAUAUAUCAGACAGUUAGCAAUUGGCCUUUGGAAUCUUCCCAGUCCCCCCUCCGGGCCCUAGAGGGGGGAUCAUGUCGCCUCUUACUCAGGCGGCUUCUAGGGGCAGGCUGAGGAGGAGGUUAUAUGUGUGUUAAUGAACCAGUAUAAUUUUUUAAAUCCCGUCCUUCUUAAGAGUUGAGGGUAGUAUAUGGUCUGUCCGUUCAAUAAAAAUAUUUACAACAACCCUGUUAGGUGAGUGACAUUGCAGGAUGUUCCUGCUUCACUUCUCUCCCCACCAGUAAAUAUCACUAAUAAAUUGUUAUACCCUUAUGCGCCACCUACCAAGUGAGGUCCAUUGCAAUAUAUGGUAACAAAAGGUGAUGUGGCACCUUGAAGAUUAACGCAUUUUAUUGUGCCAUAAGCUUUCUGAUGAAUCCACAUAAGUGCACGCUUUAACAAAAGGUGUCAACCUUUUUAAGACAGUGCAAGACUUUUUGUUUUUAGUGCCACAGAUUAAGCUAGCUAACCCUUCAAUGUAUGCUAACACAAAUCCCUGUAGCUGAAAACUAGCGUGUCAUGGAGAAAGGCAGUGGUCUAACUUUCUCUCCAUUAGGCAAUGAUUUAUUUAGCUUGCUCUGUGGGUGUGGAGGAGUAUUUGAUUUUCAACACUUACAGCCCAAACACAUGUCUACCACAUAAGAAAAGGCCUCAGGUAACUCAAUAUGGGGCGAAAACUAUUAUAGUCUUCAGUGUGCUCUAGGGAUGUAGGAAGGGACAAAGUAGGGCUGUCUGUACUUACUUUGAGGAAGCCCUGUUGGGCAUUCAUGCAUAGGUUUGACAUGAGGGGUAGGGAUGAGAAAAGUAUAGAAUGGAGGGAACUUUCUAGGUUGGAGGGGCAGAGUGAGCAUGGAAUGUCAUGUUGCUUCUGGCUGGAGUAGAAAGAGGACUCGGCUUUACACAUACAAGCUUGCCAGGCUAUUCUUCUUUUUCAAUAGAUGAUAAUAUUUUUUCUGUGGUUUUUUCCCCCCCUCCUCUUCCUCUUAAAGGAGCCCAGAGAAGUGUGUAGCAGAGUAAAAAAUACAAUUGUUAACACCUAAAACAUCUAAAAAGUACAAAACUAAAACAGUAUAGCACAAGUGCAGUACUGUCAGCACUGCUCGAUUUACAUCAGAUUUAUUUCCACAAAUCCUGAGCAAACGGGCAUGACAUCUAAAAGUAAGCAAUGGGUUUGAGUCUGGUUUCACUACUCACAACACCACUUAUUAUAGCAUUUUCAAGUGUUAAUGCUUGCAACAGACCUGUAAAGUAUGUUAGUAUUAUUAUUAUCUCCCAUUACUGUGGAGGGACUGAGGCUGAGGGACAGUUGCUUGCCUAAAGCCACCAAGGGUGUUCAUGGCAGAGGCAAGCUUUGAACCACAGACAUCUUUAUUCAUAGCUCAGGUUGCUGCUCACUAUGCUAAGACGCUUUUCCCUUCAAAGAGAUGCUGUGUCUGUUAACAGUGAACAGCUUAUUUCAUGAUGCUAACAGGAAAUGGCUUACUUCAUGAAGCAAGUGGUUGCAUUAGCAAUGCCCUAUACCUCUACUCUUGUGUCAUUACUUUCACCGUCACAUUUUCCUAGUGUGUGUUCAAAUACAUUCCCUGCAACCCUGUGAGUCAGUGAGGGAGAAACUAGGCUUUCAGGAGUAUCGGUGUGAUUAAGAAAAGAAGUGCACAGGUCUACAUGAUAGACUUCUUCGCAGUUGUGAAAGCAAAUAAGUGGGAGUUUUGGUAAUCAGUUACAGUGGUACCUUGGGUUACACACACUUCAGGUUACAGACUCCGCUAACCCAGAAAUAGUACCUCGGGUUAAGAACUUUGCUUCAGGAUGAGAACAGAAAUCGCACAGCAGCGGCGCACCAGCAGCAGGAGGCCCCAUUAGCUAAAGUGGUGCUUCAGGUUAAGAACGGACCUCCAGAACGAAUUAAGUUCUUAACGCGAGGUACCACUGUAUUAUGUUUGCCUUUAUGUGCCUUCUUAUGUAGCCAGGUUUUAGCUAAGUCUAGUCUCUUAAUGUGAUGUCUAGGUGGUUGUUUUUAAAUGUGUAACUUUUAUUUUUUAUGAAUUGUUGGUCAGCAAUCUAGGGAUUUUCUUCUAAAGAGAGGCAGAAUAGAAAUCUUAAAAUUAUCUAUGUUAUAUUUAAAAGUAAUGAAACAAUGUAGUGUCUGUGUCGAGACCUAGUUGAUGACUUAAUUAUAUUAUCCAUUAAAUAACAUGCAAAUGUUCCCUUUUGAAAUAAACUUCACAUUAUGUUGCCUUGAGGGCAGAUAGAGUGAUAACAUUUCUCCUUGUAAAAAAUGGAUCUGGGUUGAUGCAAUAUGAAAUCUUCCUGAGGAGAAAGAAUGUAGGUCUCAGCUGGUUUGGUUUAUGGACAGGAAGUAAGGUUUUAAAAAGGGGUUUUUUUUGGUGGGGGGGGAUGUGCACCAGUGUUGUGUAGUAUAAGAUCAUCCUGCUUUGCAGCUGGUAAGCAGGAUUAUCUGAUCCUGCACAGUGCUCCUCCUUCACAAGUGGGAAGCUGAUCAUGAAGGAGCAGCAACCAGCACUUCACAGGAUUGGAUCCUCCUGCUUAACAGUCCUGAUCCUGUGCAGUGCUGCAGGAAAACCUCUUGCAAAGCAUUACCCACGCUCUACAGGCUUGAUGCUGUUUUACGGAGGCAUUGGUCCCGCAUGGCAGGGGUGUUGAACAGGGUGGAGAGCUAUGGCACUGAGUCUACCUUCUCCCAGGAAGACAGCCAGGUAGGGCUCAGUCUGGCUCUUCUUCCUGCCCGAUGUCCCAUCCCCUGACAGCCAGGGAUCGCUCUGGGCCCAUCCAACCUGACUCACAGCAAUCCUUGGUUGUGUGUGGUGGACUCAUCCUUGACCCUCUGAAUGUUCCUGAUGUGGCUCAGCGCAGAGCCCCAUUACUCACCAUGGCAAAACACCAAUAAUAUACUAUAGUCAUGAAGCAGUGGUGACAGUUGUUUUGUGGGACAUGAAAGGGAAAACCAUGUUGCUUUGGUACAUGGCAAAGCAGUAAAAGUGUGGAAGGGGACCGUGCUAUGUGUACACGUCUAGUGUCGGUUCUAUAGCUAGCACAGUAUGUUGCAUGUCGCAUGCAGGCGAUCCUGAUUGUAGUAUGCAUUGCAAGCUGGUUUUGAACUGGGCAGUUAUGGAAAAGCCAGUGGCAUUCUCACAAUUGCUGCAGUGCCCUUUCCCACAGAAAGUGCUGUUGGCCAUAUCUGUGAUUGCUUUAUUUGCAUACUACAGGCGUGUAGCACUAAGGACUCCCAUAGGAAAUAAUGUAUUGCAUGAAGCAGGUAAGCAAAUGGAAUUAAGAGACGUUCUUUGGGAGUCCACAAAAGGAAAUUCACCUUGUUUUCUACCAUAAUUUCUUUUGUUAGCUCAGACAGAAAACUACAUUAUCCUCAAGGCUCUUAUCUAGUGGAAUUUACAACUGUUUUUUUGUUUUUGUUUUUUUAAAACCAAGCAUAAUAUGGAUUGUUAAUCACUAACCUACAUUUCCAUUGCUGCUAUUCAGGGUGGCAGUUCACCAGGGAUCACCAACCUUCUUGGGCCUGAGGGCACAUUUGCAAGCCAAUUAAACUGUUGUGGGCACCACAACCAAGCGCACACACACUGCAACCUGUUAUAUUGGUUGCAUAGGAAUGCUUCUCUCAGGGUGUUGUGGGGCCAGAACCCUGUGGGUUUUAAAACGGCCUCUAUGGGAAACACAGAUGCCACGCUUGCAACCUUCGCAGUGCAUAUUAAAUGUGUGUUCUGACCUGCAUUUAAAUAUUUAUGAUCUUUCUAUUCUACUCCCCUUAAAGGACAGUACUAUGUGUGGGUUGUUGGGUUUUUUUGAAAAAUAGUGAUUAGCCAUAAUUUCGUAUGGAAGAGACAUGGUGCCAGGCUGGGAAAAUGUGGGAUAAAAAUCAAACUCUUGCUGUGACUCUGCAUGAUGUCUCAGUCUCUGAGAAAUCAGUAUUUUGGUAUGGCAGAACCUACCUGUGCUUUGGAACUGCCUAGCAGUAACAGGCAGGCACCCUUGCUAAACUGUUUUAGAUCCUUGCUAAAACAUAUUUAUUCCAGUAAGUCUACCCAUACAUAUAACAUACGUAUGUAUAUUUGGUUUUAAAACGUUGCUGAUUUUAUAUGUGUAUUAUUGAUUAUUAUUUCUUGUGCACUGCCCUGUAUAUAUAUUUGUACAUUUUUUGAGGUGGUGGGCUUUUCUUUAGCCAGGGUGGUCCUGGCGAUGUAGGGUACUUAUUUAUUUAUUUAAAAAAUUAUAUACCACUUGAUUGCAGAAGAAACCUCAAAGUGGUUUACAAGGAAAAAAAUUUAUGAGUAUAAUUUUACAACCAUAAUUUAAAACGUACAGAAAAUUAAAACCACAAUAGAAUAAGCUAUGACAAUUUAAAACUCAAUCAAACUUUCUAAUCUGAGAAGGGUUGUCUAAAUAAAAAUGUUCAUCAGGCACCGAAAAGAAUACAGGGAAGGAAUGUAUGCACAUCCAAGCAUUUGGGCAAUUUAUUGGAUACAUUGUUAACUUCAUUCAGAGUUCAUUAUAAGGUUGAUAAUUUUACUAGAUGCUAGGUUUCUCUCAACACCUUACAUAGUGAGUCUUUUAUUAUUGUUGUUAUAGAUUUAUAUAUACACCCUGCCAUUUUCCCUGACGAGACUCAAGAUAAAAACAAGAACCGCUAAAAAAAAAAAAUGUUUCUCCUCUGAGGAUUUGUGAGUGAAAUCCUUUGUAUGAAGUCAUUGGGUUGGGUCCAGAGAUCAGUGAGUGGAAAGGAAAAAAUGCUAAUCCAGGACUUGAAAAGUAAGAUAUUUCGGAGUUUGAGAGCACUUCCAUAUGUAUAGAGUUUGCAAUCAUGGACAGGCAAGUCACGACAUAGCUGUAAGAAGUUACUUGCAGAUAAACUAAAAAAAAUCUUGCGCGAAUUUGUGUCCCUGCCAUGCUUAACUAAAAUAUUGAGUUGUCAGUAAAACGACAUCUCCAUCUUGCUCGCUGCCGAGCUCUGUUUGAUUAGGCCAAAGCUAUAGGAAAUACGUUCACAACUGGGUGUGCUGUGAUGCCAUCUCUGACAAUUAGCCUGUUGUGUUGCUUUCUUAGAUUUCUGCCUCUAACAAAAGCACAGCUAAAAGGCCAUAAGAUUAAUUUAUGUGUCGUUCCAUGCCGUAUUCACAAUAGGAAGCGCUGUGGUUGAGUAAGAACAUUCAUGUUGUGCAUCUUAAGGCUUGAGGGAUGGAAGGAAGUGGUCCUUUUCAUCUAAGAAUCUAAGAGUUGGAAGGGAUCCUGUAUCUGAUCACUCACUUGCUUUUCUUUUUCCCCUGCCACCUGAUUACUUUCCUUAUUUUCUUUUUCCUCCCCACUUUAUCUCCACAUCAUUUCUGCCCUCCCUGAUCCCUGACCUCAGUACUACUAAUCUUUUCUUCAUCUCAUGAACAUCCUCUCUGUCUCUUGCUUCAACUUGCCUUCGCUUGGCCCAGCCCUUGAGUUCUUGUUCUUUGCUCACUCUCAGGUCCUUGCUUGUCAUCUCUGGAAUUUAACUCUCAUUUCAUAUUUUGCAUAGUACUAAUUUGCACAGAUUCCAAUAACCUCACUAUUCUAAUACCCCUGUUGUAUGUAGGUCCCUAGUUCUGAGCAUUGUCUCAACAAAAGGCCAGUUCUUGCACCAUUUAAUUUUAAUUGGGAUCAAAUACCAUAAGGUUAACACUUAAAACCCUUUUUCUUUAUAUUUGCACAAAGUGAAAUGGUUCUAUUUGCAGCUAGCAUCCAUGCAUUGUUAUUAAUGAACUUAUGAAAUGGAAAUAAAACACCACAUUGUUCUGCAGUUUCUGUUCUAGCAUCUUCCCUCCCCGCAAAAGUCUCAUACAUUAUGUUAUCUUGUUGUGGAAUAAUAUCUGCUAUAAUUGCAAUACCAGUGCACUGAGGCUUCUCAAAACAAGCAUUUGGAUGAGGUUACUGGCCUAGUAAUUUGUAACCAUAAUGUUCCUGAUGCUUUCUAACUAUGAUAGAGAGGUCCUUGGUAGUAAUAGCAGUAGCCUUUCCAGUUGCAGCAACUGAAAAUUUUAAAUGCUCAGUUCAGUCAGCUGCCAAACUAUGAUUCAGGAAGCUUAACAGUGGUUGAUGUGAAUCUGAAUUGACACGCCAUGGUUUGCAAUUCUACAGCAAAUGGAAACUGGAAAGUACAUUGUUCUGUUCACUGUUAAACUGUGUUCUAAGACAUCCUCUUGGUUUGUGCAGAGUAACUAGUCCUUGUCUUUUGCUUGGCCCUCAUCUGCACCCCAGAAAACCCCAGAAACCUUCAUGGUGUGAUGAAGUUCUGUGGUAGAUGUUGAGGGAGUUAAAAUGUCAACAGGGAAAGGAAUCCUUGAUGUAGCUUAAAACUAUUACUUUUUAAGACAUCUACCAUUCUGCAUUUUUCAGUUCAUAGAGGUAUCAACCAUCAGUUCAUGAAAGGAUGAGAGAUAUUUUUAAGCAAGUCAAAAUUAUAGACACUGUCCUUUUACAGUUUCCUAAUUUGGAGUGUGGUAGUGCUUUGGGAAUAUUUGCAAUUGUUGUUCAGCAGACACCUUUGGCACAUGUUCUGUGAAACUUAGUGCUAGAGAAACCAUGACUUGUGAGAACGGCUCUGCAAGAUCAGUUUUGGUGCUGAAUGGUAGUUCUGACUCACAAAUUAAAACACAGCCUCAAACUUGCAGUAGAACAAAAUGUAUUGAAAUAAUAAUAGAAAAUUAAUGAGAACAUGUUAUAAUCCAUGGAUUUGCCUUAAGUCUUUUAAUUGUUAGGAAACUAUUUCCACCUACUAUGGAAUUGUAGUACUGAUUGGAUAAAAUGCUUAAACUGUGCUGAUUCCAAAUUUUGUUGUUGCAAUACUGCAAUUAUUUUGGGAAGGAGCCUUUCUCUUCCAUUAGAGAGAUGAUUCUGAAACCUGUUUCUUCUCUCCACCGCACAUUUUAUCUUCUAGAACUGAAGUUGUAAUUUGAGGUGUUAGUUACAUCAUCUUUGUAGGUGAACUCCCUAGCUACUUCUGCUGCUGCUAUACGAAUAAACAAAGAGAGGUUCAUGAGUAGUUCAGUUGUUGAGAACUUUACAUUUGCCUUGUUCGUUUUGUUUACUGUUACGGCCAAGAUUGUAUUGCUAUUGGUUCACUGCUGUUUUUCAAAGCCCAAAGCAGCUCCAUCAUCUUACUUGGUUAAUGAUGGAAGAAUGCAAGGUAGCUCUGAACCUGCCAGCAAAACCUACAUUAAAAAGGAUAGUGCAGAUGAGCUUCUGUGUUACUGCUUCUUUUCUCCCAAUCAGCAAUAACAGGUUAGAAUCUACUUUCCCGUGUGUGUUCCUGCUUUAUUACAAGGGAGCAAGUGAGUUUAUUGCUGAGAACCAUAGAAUUUUUAUUUAGUUCAAUAUUUCCUUCCUCUCCCCUCUGUCCUCAGUAUUCUAAUCUAAGGGUGUUCACUAGAUAGAACAGAACACAUACUACAGAGAACAAGCCACAGUUCUGAGAGGUCUUGAAGUUCAAAUUCUUGAACUGGUCAGCCAGGAUUUGCAAACAUUGUCCAGCUUCCAGUGACAAGUGCUUCAGUUAUAACCAUAGGAAGGGCUCUGUUCUCACUUUGCUUUUGUGUGUACCUAUAUAUUGCAAGGGCACAGUCCUUCCCAUGAGAACGAAAAAGGAGAACAGUGGUGUAUUGGUAUUACUGAGUUCACUCUGUUACCAUACUCACAAAGUAGGGUCAUUGUUCAGUUCACAGUCCUGGUCUUCAAAACCGAACUUUUUCUCUAGGAAACUGACUUGCGCAGCAAUUUUCAAAUGGAGCUAACCUAAAGCUGAGAACUCAUGAAAAUGCCUCAACGAUUGCUGAAGGAAUUAGGGCAGCUAAGACUUACUAGUUCUUAAGUCAUCUUUUUAUUGUUAGUAUGGAGACAUCUUUUGUGUUUGAAGAGGGGCAGUUGUGACAGGUGUUGCUUCAUGGAUUUAUUUUGGUAAGUGGGCAACAGUGAACUUUAUAUGGUGACUGUUUCAAUGGUAUGGAGAUUAACUGCUCCAAGUUAAUCCCUAGGAUUAAUCCCAAGGAGUGAGAAGGAGGCGAUGAGUAAGGUGAGAAGUGUUUGUGCUGGAGGUUUUGAUUCUGAUGAUCAGAGAGCAUGCCUGGAGUAUGUAGGAGAUUGCUGGUGUCUGCUUAACUGAUGUAGUGAAAAUCCUAUUUCAAAGUACAACUCUUUUGCCUUUCUAUGCUAUGAUGAUCUUGGGGAUGGUUAUUUAACGGGCAGGGUUAUCUGUGACAACUCUCCUGCAAGAAAAGUUACAAAGUUUGUGGCCAUUUAGUUUUGGGAAAAGCGGAAUAAGGGAGGACAUGGUAAGAGGUGCAUAAAAUUAUAUAGUGUUGAGAAAGUAGAUAGAGACAUUUCACAACCACCUUCCCACCCCCCACACCAUAAUACUGUACUAGACUCUGGGACCAUCCCAGUGAAACAAAGGGUCAGGAUAGACAAAAAGUAUUUCUUUGCACAGUGCAUAGGAAUUUGUUACCCCAAGAUGCCCCUGACUUGUAUGGUUUGAAAGGGAUUUAGACAAAUUCAGAGUGAAAGGGUAAGGUUGUCAGGAAUUAUAUGCUACCCUCUUUACCCUUUGCCUAGUACCUGUGUUUAUAGAAAUAAGUGUUUUAUUUUGUGUGAAAUUUCACAUGAUAUUGACAAACAUCAGGGGUCUCUCUUCCUGCCUGUUAUAUGACGCAGACAUUGUGAAAUUGUAUUGCCAGAGAGAGUAGCCUGGAGUCUCAUUUCUCUCUUCCUCGUUUUUCUCCUUUAACUCUCCUCAGAUCGCUUUUGAUAACUUCAAGCCAAAUACUUCUCCAUUCUCGUAUUUCACUUAACUUGAUUGCAAUUUAAAGGAAUAAACCAGCUGCUUUCUUGUUUUGCCCUUUUCCCAAGUGAGUGAAGCAAAUUACACCUUUGCAGCUUCAAUGCUACAAUUUUGUUUUCAAACAUUGAGAUGAAAUAUUCAGAUAAGCACCAGCAAAGUACUGAACUCAUCUAGAGCUACUGUCUCUAGCAACAUAACGAAAAGCUAAAGUUCUCAGGAGGAAGGGUGGGAUCUAAAUUUAAUAAAAUUCAUAGAAUCAUAGAGUUGGAAGAGACCACAAGGGCCAUCGAGUCCAACCCCCUGCCAAGCAGGAAACACCAUCAGAGCACUCCUGACAUAUGGUUGUCAAACCUCUGCUUAAAGACCUCCAAAGAAGGAGACUCCACCACACUCCUUGGCAGCAAAUUCCACUGUCGAACAGCUCUUACUGUCAGGAAGUUCUUCCUAAUGUUUAGGUGGAAUCUUCUUUCUUGUAGUUUGGAUCCAUUGCUCCGUGUCCGCUUCUCUGGAGCAGCAGCAAACAACCUUUCUCCCUCCUCUAUGUGACAUCCUUUUAUAUAUUUGAACAUGGCUAUCAUAUCACCCCUUAACCUCCUCUUCUCCAGGCUAAACAUGCCCAGCUCCCUUAGCCGUUCCUCAUAAGGCAUCGUUUCCAGGCCUUUGACCAUUUUGGUUGCCCUCCUCUGGACACGUUCCAGUUUGUCAGUGUCCUUCUUGAACUGUGGUGCCCAGAACUGGACACAGUACUCCAGGUGAGGUCUGACCAGAGCAGAAUACAGUGGCACUAUUACUUCCCAGUAAUAGGAACGCUAUGGAUUGCCUUCAGCAAUUUUUGUUGACAGGGUAGACUUCUCAGUAUUGAAAUUGGAUGACUUAAUUGUAACACGUGCCAUUGCUCCACUCUGUGAGUGGAGGCCACUGUGGGUGAUGCCAAGGCCUAUCCUCUGCAGGCCGCCGCAAACCCUUCUUCCUCCUUGCUCUGGCCACUCUAGCAGGAAGAAGCGGGGAACCCCAUGGCACUGAAGCAAGCAGGGAGAGAGAGGGCAUGGUGGGGGGAAGCCAUGUCUUGGCAUAAGGGUAUCACUGCAAAGAGGAGGAAGAGGAAGAACAACAACAGGGCGGCUGGGGGGGGCUCUCCAUUGCCCAGGCACCCAGGGAUGGCGGGGGCAGCCCGGCUGCCAGCCUAUGGAUGGGAGACGUGAGUAAGGGAAGGGUGAAUGGGCUGCGGCAGAGGAAUUGCCAAGCAAGAACAUUUGCCAAGUGAGAUCAUGUGCAGCUGAUAUUUGAACUUGGGUAUCCUCUUUAUCCAUCUCCCUUAUUAGACCGUAUUUGUUUACCUGAGCGUGGUAGCAAGGUAAAUAAGUCACAAAAGAUAGUAGCUGCACAUUUUGAACUAGUCUGCUAAGAAUUCAGUAGCCUGCGUUUCCACAUUAGCUAUGAUGAAUAAGCCUCUUCUCUGCAGUCAGCAAGGAUGCACAGGCAAGUAAAAAACGAUUACUUUCUGUCAAGCUGACUGGUGGAGGAAGGGCAGAGUGAUUUGUCCCCACUCUGCCAGCUCCAUGCAAGUUGUGGUGGAAGAGACUUUCUUCCUUUAACUAGCACAGAAGCGAAGUGAGCUUUCAGAGGACAGUUGGAAUGAUCUUUCCCUUCCCCACCCGCUCAAUCCCCUGUAUGGAAUUCCUGGUCGCCUAUGGCCACCAGGUGAGUUGUUGAAUUCAAGGCUGAGGUAACUUACUUCAUGUGGAAUCACCAGUGCUUUGCUUUUAAGGAUUAUUAUGGGGCAGCAGGCAGGUGGCUAGCAAGCAAGCAAGCAACAAAAUGGAAAAUGAGGUUUAGUGUAAAUAAGGGGCUAGUCAGCCAUAAUGCUAAACCAUGGUUUAGCAUUACAAGCUUCUGACUGGCGCACACUCUUCUUCAACUUUCUUCAACCAUAAAGUUGGCUCUUGCAAGCCAUAGUUUUUCAGACCAUGCAGAAAUUUGGUGCCAGACCACAAGCAUGACAACUUCAACUGUAUUUAGGAUUGGUUAGGGGUAUUCUACUUUCACCUGCCAUUUCCCCAUUGAUAGAGUGGUUCAUAGCCUAACUAUAUAGUGCUUUAAUAAUAAUAGUAAUAAAAUACCCACCUCAGGUCCCUUGAGGCAUCCAAAGGCCAAAUUUAAUAGACUUCCAAAGGGCAGGAGCCAAGGGUGCAGCCAAUGAGAACAACUGUUUUUAUUACCUUGCUUUGUUUGUAUAUGAUGUGUGAAAGCCACUUAUCGACUAGCUGCUGUUCACUGGCCAUUUAGCUUGCAGGGAGCUAUUGGCUGCAUUUUAGCUGUGACCUGAAGCUUCCUUACUUGGGAGAAGACCUACUGAGCUCAAAGGGACUUCUUAUUCAUUGUGUGUAAGAGUGGGCAUUGUUUUGCAUCCUGCCUUAGGUGCUGUUCUGCCCCUUUAUUCUAAGGGUGGAGUGUGCAGAAGGCAGAUCUGCAUGACUUUCGCUAGAUACGACAAAGUUCUCAAAUGCCCACUCUCCAGUCUUCAAUAGGGACAGUUAAAAGGCUCCCGUCUUCCCAAAUCAGUCUGCUGAAAUGAAGAAAGCAUGGGGAAAGUCUUGUGAGCUCAGUUCUGGGUUUGAAAACAAAUUCCUGGGCUGAGGAUGUGCUCAGAAGCAUCCUGCGAAUUGUCUAACUUUGGUUGGUGGACCUUGGGAUUCCAGUGACAAGUGGAUCUCUCAAGCCUGAAUUUCACCCAGCUGUAUUCUCAGGCCUCCUGUAUUAUAUAGCCUGUUCUCUUCUCCCAGGCUUUUAAUCCCAUCUGUCUUUACAGUCAGUCAGUAUUUUUCACAGAAAAUGUAGCACAUUUGCUUAGGAAUUUCAGGUUUGCUUGGUGGUAUUGGAGUAAUGUUACGAGAUACUCACUGGUCUCCAUAGCUUGUUGGUUGGCAUCUUGUCUUGGGAGACAAUGGAGGAGUGUGCCUUUGGGGGUGAAGUCAAAUCGUCAGAGAUACACAGCGCCUGCUGUGGCUGAAGAGACUGAUAUGGGAGAGACAUGCUUAGUUGCAGGUGGGGCAGAGGAAGGUGUCAGGUGGUGCUGAAGCAGGCGUACCAUGGCAUUUCUGCGCUCCUCCCAGCGGUCACUCCUCCUCUGGUCACUGCUGUGGAUACAGGACCUGACUGAUUAUCUCCAGGCACUGUGGUUGUCUGAAAGGGAUUUCUACAUGGCACAGUUGAUGUUGCCAGCCUUCAUGUAAUGUUUGAUGACCCCUUUGUAACACAGAGUUGGUCUGCCUGAAGCCAACUCCCAAUAGAACACGUCUUUGAGGAUCCUGCCAUUUCCCAUUCUGUGGACAUCAGCAAGCUGGCAUAGAUGUCACUAAGACAGGAAUGCGAACAUGCUGGAAAUGUGGACUUGGGAGAGCACAUCUCUAUUUGAGACACUGUCCUGCCAUGUGAAGCCUCAAAUCUGUCUAACACAGCGCAUGUGGAAGGCUUUGAUCCUGGCAGGUUGCCCAUAAAGCAGUGAGCUCAACACACAAGCAUGUUAGACCUUCAUCUUGGUAUUGAUCAUUAUCAUCGCAUUCACCCUUUUGGAGACGCAAGCUCUCAGUUUCUGUCAUCUUAGCAAUUGCUGUUUGAUAACAGGGGAAACAAGUAGUACUCUUGAUGAGAUCUAUAAUCAAGGCUGUUUCAGCACUAAGCACCAAAUCACACUAUUGUGUUGUUGCAUCAUUGGCUGGUUUGGUUUCAGUUCUUCUGCUGGGUAAUCCGUUGAUAAGCUGUUAAGACGCUGAGCCUUUUAAGACCCAGGUAAAAGGCCACACAUGUAAUAUCCUUGACAAUACCUUGUCUAAAUGUAGCCUAGUAGAAACUGGAAAAAUCAACACCUUCAUUAUCCAUGUCCCAAAAACCUCAAAUUGACCUCUUGAUCCCUGACCUUGUCCAGGUUUCUUCUAAAAAUAAUAAUAAUUCUAAAAUAAAAGCUGCUUUCUGCUGAGUCAGACUGUUGGCAUGCCCAGCCCAGGAUCAUUGGCUCUGAGUGGGAGCAGAGGAAUAUGUUUUCCAGAAUACUUUAAACUUGAGUUUCUGGGAAUCAAGGCCUGGGGCAUCUUACCGCUGACGUAUGGCUUCCUCACCAGCUGGCCUUCAGAGGUACCCAAGGCUCCGCUGCGAAGAUUACCUAAAGUUCUCUGGCUUCAUCCAGCUCUACAUGUCUGUACAACUUGUUACUUUCAGGGUCUUUCAGAUCUACACAACAAACAUAGGAACAGCAAAUGUGUUGACAAAUAAGGGGGUGCUUCAUUUCUGAAUUCUCUUUCUGGUGCAUUUCACAACCUUGUUAUAUGACAGGGGUGUUACCAUGUUUGUGUGAUGUUGCUUCACGCGGAAUUAUCCAACACCCUAUCAGAAUAUGAUGGUGGAAAUAAAGGAACGUUGUGUGCUUACACUAUCUGAAAAUACAAUACGCUUACUAACACGUAAUAUAAUUACAAUAAAAUAAAGGAACAUUGUGUGCUUACACUAUCUGAAAAUACAAUAUGCUUACUAACACCUAAUAUAAUUACAAUAAUAAUUUAUUAUUUAUACCCCGCCCAUCUGUCUGGGUUUCCCCAGCCACUCUGGGCAGCUUCCAACCGAAUAUUAAAAACAAUACAGCAGCAGACAUUAAAAACUUCCCUAAACAGGGCCGCCUUCCGUUGUCUUUUAAAAGUAGAAUAGUUGUUGUCUUGACAUCUGCUGGAAGGGCGUUCCACAGGGCAGGUGCCACUACCGAGAAGGCCCUCUGCCUGGUUCCCUGUAACCUCACUUCUCGCAGCGAGGGAACUGCCAGAAGGCCCUCAGCGCUGGACCUCAGUGUCCGGGCUGGAUGAUGGGGGUGGAGAUGCUCCUUCAGGUAUACAGGACCGAGGCCGUUUAGGGCUUUAAAGGUCAGUACCAACACUUUGAAUUGUGCUCGGAAAUGUACUGUAGCAUGCUAUGGUUUUUUGUUUUUGUUUUAAAGUGGAGGGAGUGGGAAAUAUACUUUUCCUCCCACCUGUGUUUGACUUGGCAGUCGUGCACAUAGCAAAGCACAAAUAAUUUCAGCUAUAGCUGUUCUGCCAAACUGUUGUCUCUGUCAUCUCUCAUACAGCCCGGCUUGUUAGUGGUUUCAUAGAUAAUCAGCAUGUGUUGUGAAGGAGAGUAUGUGGAUGAUGCCUUCUGCUUCCUGGUCUUUGCUACCUGCUAUCUUAAUCAAUUACUGGUAGUGAGCCACUGAGCAGUGUGCUUCAGAUGUUGGCACCCAAGGGGACUCCUCCUGGAAUCCUUGGCAUUCUCUUCAAGGCUUUGUCUUUGUCUCCUUUGUCUUUGCUUUUCCUCCUCUUACUGGUUGGUAUUUCAAUGCCAUUUCUGUUACAAUUGGUGGCAAAUACACUGCAUUCAGGGCUGAAGACUAUGAUGAUCACAAGAGUCAGAUGGCACAGCUAUUUUCCUAGGCUGAGCUUAUGGGAAAGUUCAGUGUUUCAACUGACCUGCUUAGCAAUCAAGGGCUAGUUGUUCCAUGUUGCCUUUGCUGAUGUCAGGUCAACUGGACCAGCCCAGGUAAUGCCUUACCUCCUCCUGGGUUUGUUGGCAGCCCAAUUGAACAGGCAGACACAGCCCCUCCAAAGUUGUUGUUGCUGUUAGACCUGCCACACACACCAAAGGUCCCAGGAUCACUUACAGAAAUCAUGUGUUUUCCCAUUUUGGGAAUCAUAAAUCCAGAAGGCCACUGAGGAAAAAAUGGAAAAUAAUUCUGAGAGGGGCUGUAAGAGAGAUCUGGAAGAAAAAUCAAGGAAAGAAAGCUUGCAAAAUCAGAAUAAGUUUAGAAAACUUGAUAAAUCCAGGUAUCUUAUGUGUGGUUUGAGUCCUGUGUCUGAGCACCACUGUCCGUUGUAAGCCACUGGAGCUUGUACCUACAAUGUAGUAUACAGAUGUUUGAUUCAUGUGCCAUUUUCUGUGACUGAGAGGGUUUUGCCAAGACAUAAAAGGUUUUUAUGUCAGGCAUGAGAGUUCCCUGCCGGAGUGCUCUUUGUCUGCAGUCUUGUGUGCACAUUUCUUUGCGCAUGUGUCUCACUGAACAGAGUGGGCCUUCCUUCUGAGUAAACAUGCACAGGAUGGCACUGUUAAUGUGGGAAAGGAAUCUCUCUACCCCUUGGCGACAGUUUGCCCGUUGCACUGACCAGCUGCUGCCUUCUCUUCUCUCCCUUCCAGAAUUCUGUUUUGCAUGCCGUGCCUUUUCUGAAGUGCCACCCAUGGUGGACUCUGAUGAAACUGCCCUAAUACAUUCCGGGAUGGCAGUUAGCUGAUGGACAGCUGAGAAUGACCUUGACUGACAGACUGCGGGAGAAGAUAUCACGGGCGUUCUACAACCACGGGCUGCUGUGUGCUUCCUGCCCCAUCCCUAUCAUCCUUUUCACCGGCCUCUGUGUCCUGGCCUGCUGGUAAAGUCUCUCUUCCGCAGUAUCCAUCGUGUGUGUGCCUUGUCUUCAAGUGGACCACGUGGUUGUGCAUUUUCAUUUCAAAAACGCUGUGAAAGUAUUGAGGAGAGGCCAAAGGGCCCAGGAGGAAACCGUUGUGUUUCUGCAAAGAACACCCAGACGGGGCAAGUUUAGAUACCUUUGACUAAAUGCACCAAUACAGUGGUACCUCAGGUUACAUACGCUUCAGGUUACAUAUGCUUCAGGUUACAGACUCCACUAACCCAGAAAUAUUACCUUGGGUUAAGAACUUUGCUUCAGGAUAAGAACAGAAAUCGUGCAGCAGCGGUGCAGUGGCAGUGGGAGGCCCCAUUAGCUAAAGUGGUGCUUCAGGUUAAGAACAGUUUCAGGUUAAGAACAGACCUCCAGAACGAAUUAAGUAUUUAACCCGAGGUACCACUGUACUUGUGGUUUGGGCUAGCAGAUCUUUUGAGAGGUGCCAAAUUGCAGUAUCGGGCUAAAAUGUCUGACAUGAAAGGGCUAUUCUUUCAUCGCUGUGUAGGCUCGGCUGCUUAGCAAGGCUCUGAAGCUGUGUGGGAUGUACUCCCGUUUCCAUUAACUUUCAGAGAGGAAGAAAUAUUUUAUUCUGUCCAAACUUUUUCCUGCUCCCUUUGUCUCCUUUAGUCCUGGAGUGCCUUUGCAAUGCCGGACUAGGUAGUCAUGUGGCUGGCAGUGUUAUAGCAACGGUGUCUUGCUGCUAUGAAACAUUUGGCAUGAGUGUAAGAAGGUAUUGGUCACUAAUAAACAGAAUUGUGACCUUGCCAUAGGACUUGGCAGCAAGAGAAAACAUCAUGUUCUCUUUCAUAUGGAAAACCGCUGUAAGAGAAGAGACACAGAAGAGAUGCAGCCAGAAUUAAUUUUCUUUUAACAGAAAGUCUGUUUUCUCAAACUGGUUAAAAUUUCGGCCAUAGCUACUUCUGCUGUUGCAGUCUGAAGGAAUUAUUUGAGGGGAAGGAAUUUGAGGGUGGGUGGGGAGUGUGUUCCCAGAGUUCUCAGAGUCUGUAUUCCCUGUAUUUUAAAUCAUACAGAGCAAUACUGCGUUCUGUUUAGAAAAGGCCUUGGCAAUUUUCGCUAGUUCACAGUUGAAGGAAAUGUUGGAAGUGCAGAAGUAGCUGAAGGUCAGAGGAAAAUUUUGUAUCUGUGAGAGUUGUGUGACAAUGGGACGUGGCUGCCUUGAAGUGGAAUCCGUUUGCUUUGAGGCCUCAGCAAUGUUCUUGCCUGCAAAAGCUCAUGCUGCUUUUUAAAAAUGUGCAGGUCUUUUAAAGCACCACAGGGCUGCUUCUUGUGCCUUCUGCACAUGACUUCUCUUCUGGCAUUUGUCAUGGAUGUUCAGUUUCAGGGUGGGAGAAAGGACGUAAAGGCUUUGCCCAUUUCUUUUAUUUCAUCGCUUGGGCUUGCCUAAAAUUGUUUCGCUGCCUGUUUUCUGCCUUGCAGCUACCCACUGCUGAAACUCCCAUUGCCCGGCACUGGACCUGUUGAAUACACCACCCCUGUGAAGGACUACGCACAGCCUCCAGCCUACCCCACCCACCAGCAAGGAGAGCCGAACGAGAGGCCUGACUGGGUACUGUUACUAUUUCUACUACCACAGUGUGUGCAACGAGCGCGCAUGAAGAGGAGGAGCCUGGUAGCAUUUGGGGUGGCGUAGCUCAGAGAAAACACAGGCAGAGAAAACACAGCCACCGUUUAUAUAUUUUUAUUGGUAUUGCCUUUCAUUAACUUUCAUAUUCCUAAGGCCCAGAAUAGCUCUGAAGCAUGUGUUGUUCUUGCAUUGAGCUUCUGUUCCACCCUUGUAGCAAAAAAGCUGCAGCGCGAAGAGGCUUGGAUACAGUUAGCUAAACAAAUGGCACAUAGAAACUAUUAUGGGGAGCUGGUUGAAGAGUACUUUGCUGCAACUUUGGUCUCCUGUCAUAAAUUUGUCUCAUCUCAUUUUCUCCCUCCCAGUACACAGGCGCUCCUGUAGCCUACAUCCAGCAGGUCCUGGUGAAAGCCACUGUCUCCCCAUGGCCCAAGACAUUCCUGGCUGUUGAUGUGUUUCGUUCCCCGCUCUCCCGUGUCUUCCAGCUGGUGGAGGAAAUCAGAAACCAUGCCCUGCAAGACGGGUAGGUGGACCUCAAUGAUUCGUUUGUUUGUUAUUAAAUUUAUAUGCCACCUUUAUCAGAGGAUCAGAGAGCGGUUUACAGUAUUUUUAUUACAGUAUUACAGGCUUUUCUCCUCUGCAAAAGAAGCUGCACAACUGUGAGCUGAUCCUCAAAAAAUGGGGCUUUCCUCCUUUCCUCCUCUAAAAACUAGAUGCGUCUUAUGGUCAGGUGCGUCUUAUGGAGCGAAAAAUACUGUAUGUGAGGAGCUUCAUCAUGCUGGUAGAACAUAUAAUAUUGGAUCCAGAAUUGGGCAGCCUGAGACUUGCUGAUUUCCUGGCUUUUCAGAGGGAUCUCUUGACCUUUGUAUUUGUGGAUUUGUGUCUCUUGUUCAGAGGCUUUACUCCCUUGUCCUGGCUCUCUUUCCUAGGCGGUUAAUCUGAUGCCAACUGAUUCACCAUCUCUUCAAAAUACUUGAACUGUAAAUUAUAUAAACUAAACCUAGUCUUCACAGUCUGCUACAGAACCCAAGUUGUUCUCCUAAUAUGCUCUUGAUCACGUUGGUCGGUGUGUGCUGGUGCAGGGAGCCAGCAUUCCUACUGUAUACAAAGUAUCUUUAUCUUGUGAACAACCCUGAGAUCUUCAGACGAAGGGCAGUAGAUAAGUGUAAUAAAUAAUAGUAAUGAUAAUAAUAAUAAAAAGCAAUAAAUAUGAACGUUCUUUGACUCAGAGCUCCAAGAGCCUCGAUUCUCUUUGCACCUUCUGUUCCUGACUUUGUUUGCGGUAUGUGGAGAUAUUUGGAACCAUGUAUCUCAGCUUCUGCAUGGUCAGUCCACAUACCCUGUAUUUGCGCUGGAUGCAAAACUUGGAUUUGGAUUGCUGAUUCCUUCUCCUUGUUUUGGGUAGACCUACCUGCUUUUGAAGCUGUUAACUGACCAUGAGUCCCUUGCUGGCAGUUCUGCUUGUCUGCAGAGCAGAGUUGCAAGGAACAGGAACAGUGAGAGAUGGAAGAGGUGGAGAACCUCAAAUAUAAGGGCUGGGAGCUUGAGGACAAUGUAGACAGUACAGUGGUAACUCGGGUUACGUACGCUUCAGGUUACAGACUCCGCUAACCCAGAAAUAGUACCUCAGGUUAAGAACUUUGCUUCAGGAUGAGAACAGAAAUCGUGCUCUGGCGGCACAGCAGCAGCAAGAGGCCCCAUUAGCUAAAGUGGUGCUUCAGGUUAAGAACAGUUUCAGUUAAGAACGGACCUCCGGAACGAAUUAAGUACUUAACCCGAGGUACCACUGUAAUGCAGAAGUGAUGGUGACAUGGUAACAGCAGGAGAAGAGGAAAAAUGACUUUGGCUAAGGUGUUUUGGAAUGACCAUAGAAAGGGAAUAUCCCUGAAAGGAAAACCACCAGAGCCCAGACCAUAAUUUUUAACAGUAGAGCAUAUGAAUAUAAAAUAACCAUAGGCAUAAGAGAGCUCACAGGCAAUUUGCCACUUCAGAGAACUGAUGGAUACUUGCAAAAAUGAAUUUGAUAUCUGUGACCACUUUCUGAAUCACUGGGAUGAAUAAUCAGUGGAAUUGCAGUGUCCCUUUCUGCUUUGACUAUUUGCGGAUACUCUUGAUCUGCUGCAACUCUUGGCUUCUCUCUCCCCCCGCACUUCAGCUCCAGAAUCAAAAGUCUGGAAGAAAUCUGCCUUCAGGUAACAGAUCUCCUUCCCAAUUUAAAGAAGCUUCGAGGCUUGCUUCCUGAACAUGGCUGCCUGCUGCUGUCCCCAGGAAACUUCUGGCAGAAUGACCAGGAACUCUUCAGUGCUGACCCGGAUGUUAUCAGAACGAUCCACCAGCAUGAACCAAAGACAUUACAGACAUCGGCUACCCCCAAAGGUAUGAGAUCUUGCAUGAGAAGAGAUUAGUAGGGGAAUUACUUGUGGAACAUCCAAUGGGCCCGACUCAUGUCUCCCCUGACAACCAGCUUAGCAAGGCCACAUGUGGUGGUCCUGUGAAAAGGCGAAGGGUUUUGGGGACAUGAUAGUAUAAUAAAUUGAAAAGGAUGUUUAAACUGACAAUCCCUAAAAAAGGCCAAAGCCUUUUCACUAGGAAUAAUGUGACAACAGGCAGUUGGAACUUAAUAUGCACAGAAGUGGAAUGAAGGAUCACCAACCAGCUUCUAAAACUGAUGGACUAUGCUGAAAUGGCGAAAUUGUUAAAUUAAGAGGACAUAAUGAUGAAACAUUUAAGGAGGAACGGAGAUCAUGGAUGGGUUACAAGUCAAACUAUCACCCAUACAUAAAGUCGCAGACAGGAUUCGAAGUAUAAACAGUGGAUUAUUGAAAGAACCAGUGAUUUGGUGUUUAGGCAGCAAAAACAUAUGUAAUACAGUGGAACCUCUACUCACGUACGGAAUCCGUUCCAAAGGUCCGUUCAUGAGUCAAUCCGGGUCACUGGUAGAAGCGCAGUUCUGUGCGUGCGCAUUUGGCGGCAGCGCCGUUCUGCGCAUGUGCAGAUGGCGGAAGCUGCUUCUGUGUGUGCGUGAAUCACAGCAAACCCGGUAUUUACUUCCGGGUUGGCCGCGGUCACGAGUCAAAUUGUUCACGAGUCGGGGCGGUGGUAAGUCGAGGUUCUACUGUAUAGGACAACGAAUAAAAAGGAGUUUAAAAAAACCCAGAAGAGAUGGGGUGGGAAGUCAAGAAGAAAAUAUGUUUUUAAAAAACUGCUUUGAAAUAUCUUUGGAGAAUUAAUGAAAAAAAACUAUGUGGAAAACAACAACAACAAUGCCAUAGUGAAAUGGAAUUGGUUUGCCCUCAGCUUUCUUACAUAAUGGUAUCUAGCUUGUCCUUGAUCAGGUGUUGGGAGGCUGGCCUGAAUAUUGGAGAACAGCUGUUCUGCCAUGUCAGAGCCAGGAAGAGAGUUUUGACAUCAACUAAAAGGAGAGCAUUUUUGGAUCUGACCAAAAGCUGAUCCACAGUAGCCAACCAGAUGCCCAUGGAAAGCUGAUCAGCAGGACGUGAGGGCAGCCACCCUCCCCUGUUGCUGUUAUUCCCCAGCACCUGGUAUUCAAAGACAUGAUGCCUCUGACCCUGGAGGUAGCAUGAUACAAAUCUUUUAAGUUGUCUGUCAUAAGGAACAUGCUACAGUUCCUAGCUUGUUUUAAUUGCCCUUUUUUGUACUUAAAAAGAUACAAAUCUUUUAAUUUGUCUGUCAUAAGGAACAUGCUACAGUUCCUAACUUGUUUUAAUUGCCCUUUUUUGUACUUAAAAAGAUACAAAUCUUUUAAGUUGUCUGUCAUAAGGAACAUGCUACAGUUCCUAGCUUGAUUUAAUUGCCCUUUUUGAUGCCUUUCCCAGCUCUGUUGUAUUGUUUCUUUUUGGGGAUGUGGCAACCGGAGCAGUGUGUGAUAGUCUUCAUUAAGCUUGGGGAGCCUCAUUUGCUUCCCGGUUGUGCGACUUUGAAACCUCAUGCGUCCCUCUUCUUUCCUCAGACCUGCUGUUCGGAGUCCCAGGGAAGUACAGCGGGGUGAACCUAUAUAACCGGAAGCGAGUGGUAACCUACACCAUUACCCUGGGUCUUCAGCGCUAUGAUUCCAGGUAUUUCGCGAUUUCAUCCAGAAGAUGAUGAAACAGUCGCCUACAGCUUUGGAAAAUGCUUCUCCCUUAUUCCAUGUGCUGUUUAUACUCCAGGACUGUAUUUCGUUUUCUCAAGGCUGCCUGUAGCAUGUUUUCCUAACAGGGAUUGUUAAAUCCAUGUCGUUUUCUCCCCUGAAUGAUCGCAUGUCAAAAUGUCAUGUUAACAUCUCUUUUUAUGCCCAAUACACUGGCAAAGCCUAUACGCAAAACCUUCCUUUGCCUAUGCAAAUACUGAGGCACAAUUCAGAACCAGUGGAUUAGAAUAGUAGCCGUGGUUGUGAAACACCGAGCCUCUUACGGCUGCUACACAGGUUACAAAAAUAGGGCAGCUUUGAUAUGUGCCCUGUAACUUAUGUGAAAGUUGGUUUUUCUCUUUUAAGACAAGCAGCACUGCAUGCAUGUGCUUUGUAGGAGCUGUGAGUUGCCCUUGUGCUUUCCACGGCAGGUUCCUUGCCAGCCUCCGCUCCCGCCUCAAGGCGCUGCACCCCAGCCCCAACUGCACCCUGCGGGAAGAGCACAUCACCCACGUCCACUUCAAGGAAGAGAUCGGCAUCGCUGAACUCAUUCCCCUUGUGACCACCUACAUCAUCCUGUUUGCCUACAUCUACUUCUCUACCCGUAAGUGCGAAGGGCAGAUUAGGGCAUUGCGAGGAGGGGGGGCUCAAGGGACCCUGUGUGCUGCCCCCCACCCCUGGUUUUAACGCAGCAAUAGAGAGGCGCAGAGCCUUUAGACUUGUGUCUCUGAGCAGACUGACUUUGCUGGGGGAAAAGGGUAAUAAAUGCAGCACCCUUUAUUUAAUAGCCAGAGCAGUACAGUGGCACCCCGGGUUAUAUACACUUCAGGUUACAUACGCUUCAGGUUACAGACUCCACUAACCCAGAAAUAGUACCUCGGGUUAAGAACUUUGCUUCAGGGUGAGAACAGAAAUCGCACGGCAGCAGCGGGAGGCCCCAUUAGCUAAAGUGGUGCUUCAGGUUAAGAACAGUUUCAGGUUAAGAACGGACCUCCGGAACAAAUUAAGUACAUAACCAGAGGUACCACUGUACUUGGUAUUGUGUGUGAGAGACAGAGACGCUUUCUGGAACCUUAAGAAAAAGAAACACUGUUUUGGGAUAGAUGGCAUUUCUUGUUGUCCCAUCCUUCAAGGUGCUACUUUUGCACGCCCUGGUGCGAACCUCAUUUUAGAGCGAUGGAUUGUGUUGUGCGUUGAGAGAGACAUGCAGACCCGCUUGCGCAUUUGCACAUCAAUCUGUGGAUGGCACCUUUUCUGCCUUUCCCGUGGUCUGGUUAGCGAAUGCGUCUGUCCUGCCUCCACGGCUUAGUUUCUGUGUCUUACUUUCAUCCGACGGUUGUGGAGGCUUUGCUUUCUCUCCCUCAGGGAAGAUUGACAUGGUGAAAUCAAAAUGGGGCUUGGCUCUGGCUGCGGUUGUGACGGUCCUGAGUUCUCUGCUCAUGUCGGUUGGAUUGUGCACACUCUUCGGCCUGACACCUACGCUCAAUGGAGGGUAAGCAUCCAAAUUAAUCUAACUGGCAGAAGCUGGUUGAGAUGGUUGCAAAAGAGCUGCUGCUCUCCUUUAGUUCCUUCCUACAGCUGCCGUAUUAACGACCUCCUUUCCAAACAAGGUCUCAUGGCUGCCUGAGCAAACUGUAUUAUCCUUCUGCUGAGAUGAGCUCCGUUAGGUGGAUACCUAAAAAAGUGCAGUAUGAGUACAACAAAUUCAUUUGCAAACAUCUUCAUCAACACCAAACAUGAAUCAGAACUGGGAUUUUACCUGUGUCUUUCUGGCAGGUGGAUCGGCUCAGAGGUGGAGACAUUAGUAGAACAAACACACCCCAAUGCCUACCAGAUUUAGAUUAAGAUUAAGAGACACGUCAUAAAUUGAUAGAAGCACCUGUUCUAACUGUGGUUUUGCCAGAAAAUGUCCCAAUAGAAGCCAGUAGUUCCACUGGCUCUCUCCAAAACAACCGUAAUCUUUGGAAGCCACAGAAUAACCUCUUGUAACAAUGUAGCUCUCCGGUAUAAAUCCAGAUGUUUUAAACCUUGUGUGCUUGACAAAAAUUGCAUCCUGUAUAAAUAUUUACCUACAGGCCAGAGCUAGCUUUUAUGCAGACACAGGACAACCAGAUCUUGUAGAUCGCAGAACUUUAAUAUCAAAUACAAUAUAUUACCAGGGAUAUAAUUCCUUCAGCAAUUACACCUGCAAACUGUUGAAUGUGGAUUCUGUACCAAGAAGCCCAUUGAAUACCUUCUUCAGUCUUCCACGUUUUAGCAUUUGAAAUUUUCUAGCCCCCGUGGAGCAGUUUUUUUGCAGAGCAAUUUUCUAGCUCCCAUGGCUGGGGUGAUUAACUUAAUCAUGCAUCACAACGUUGGAAAGCAGCAGAAAUCAUUUCAUCAAGCUUAACAUAUUCUGCCCCAUGGAUUUGCUAUUUAUCACACAAAGCUAAGAGUUGACGGGAAGAGGAGGACCCCCACCCACACGCCCAAGAAUUAGGGACCAGUAUUUCUCUUGGGGGGCCUUGAGAUGCACUCCGUCUUUCCUUUCCCCCUGCCUGCCCUUUGUCAGAGUCUUGCAUCAUCUUCCCACGCAAACACAGAAGAGCAUUACCACAUCUCUCCCCGUGACCUUCCCCUUGUAGCACCACAACACCGCUGUCUCUGAUAGGAGAGCCAGGCUUUCCUCAACUGGACGGUCACUUUGGAUCCAUGCCAAGUUGAUCUGAGAGCCCAGCUGCCUUGCGUGCUCUUCUCGUUGCUUGUGGGGGAAUGGUAAAUGCUGGCAUCUGAAGUAUGUUUUGUCAGAUGUGUUCAUAGUAAAUAGUAUUGCCUGCCUUCCUAAAGAUAUUUAUUUUCCAGUAGCUCCUAUUUUCCAAUAGCCCCCCUAACUGUGCCCCUGAAGGACCAGGUGCGCAUCCUGGGAGUCAUUUUGGACUCGCAGCUGUCCAUGGAGAUGCAGGUCAAUUCUGUGUCCAGGGCAGCUGUUUACCAGCUCCAUCUGGUACUCAGGCUGAGACCCUCCCUGCCUGCGGACUGCCUUGCCAGAGUGGUGCAUGCUCUGGUUAUCUCUCGCUUGGACUACUGCAAUGCGCUCUAUGUGGGGCUACCUUUGCAGGUGACUUGGAAACUACAACUAAUCCAGAAUGCGGCAGCUAGACUGGAGACUGGGAGCGGCCACCGAGACCACAUAACACCGGUCUUGAAAGACCUACACUGGCUCCCAGUACAUUUCCGAGCACAAUUCAAAGUGUUAGUGCUGACCUUUAAAGCCCUAAUAAUAAUAAUAAAUUUUAUUUAUAUCCCGCCCUCCCCAGCCAAAGCUGGGCUCAGGGCGGCUAACAACAAUCAAAUAAUCAAUCAAUCGAAUAAUCCAACAUUCUAAAACAUUUCAUUAUAAAAAUUAAUGCCCUAGAUGGUCUCAGUCCAGUAUACCUGAAGGAGCGUCUCCACCCCCAUUGUUCUCCCCGGAUGCUGAGGUCCAGUUCCGAGGGCCUUCUGGCGGUUCCCUCGCUGCGAGAAGGCAAGUUACAGGGAACCAGGCAGAGGGCCUUCUCGGUAGUGGCACCCGCCCUGUGGAAUGCCCUCCCAUCAAAUGUCAAAGAAAUAAACAACUACCAGACCUUUAGAAAACAUCUGAAGGCAGCCCUGUUUAGGGAAGCUUUUAAUGUUUGAUGGACUACUCUAUUUUAAUAUUUUGUUGGAAGUGUCCCAGGGUGGCUGGGGAAACCCAGCCAGAUGGGUGGGGUAUAAAUAAUAAAUUAUUAUUAUUAUUAUUAUUAUUAUUAUUAUUAUUACUACACAAUAUUUUAAAGGAUUGUUUGAUCUCAUUUCUAUACUGCCUAUCUCCCCCACCCCACCCCAGAGCUCAAGGUGGUUCCCCCACUUCUCAUUUAAUCCCCACUACAACCCUGUGAGGUAGGUUAGGCUGAGAGAUAGUGACCUGCCCAAGGCCACCCAGUGAGCUUCAGCCAUUCUCUUCUGAGAAUGAAACUUGCUCCGGUUACUUAGACCAGGCAAUUUCACUUUCUAUAUGUUACCCUCCGUUUUUCCUCUAGGGAGAUUUUCCCAUACCUGGUGGUAGUGAUUGGCCUAGAGAAUGUGCUGGUCCUCACGAAAUCUGUCGUUUCCACGCCCGUCGACCUGGAAGUGAAGUUGAGGAUUGCUCAAGGUACGUGGAGCGAAGCCGGCAAGUUCUGCCAGACCAUUGGCCCAUCUCUGGUCUGGUUUUUUUUUGGGGGGGGGGGAGACUUGAUAUCCCACCUUUCACUCCCCUUAAGGCGUCUCAAAGCAGCUAACCAUCUCCUUUCCCUUCCUCCCCCACAACAAACACUCUGUGAGGUGAGUGAGGCUGAGAGACUUCAGAGAAGUGUGACUGGCCCAAGGUCACCCGGCAGCUGCAUGUGGAGGAGCAGGGAAUCGAACCUGGUUCACCAGAUUACGAGUCCACCGCUCUUGAACCACUACACCACACUGGCUCCCAAUCUGUUCUAAUUGGCAGUGGCUUGACAAGGUCUUUCCCACACCUGGCACCUGAGAUCAGUGCUUGGUGAUCUUCUGCAUGCAAAGGAAUCCCUCUGUUGCUGAGCUGUGAUCUUUCCUCUGUGGCAAUCCAUGCCCCAGCAGUCACUCUGGGUCUUAGAUGUGUCGAAGGCACGGGGGAGUAUAUUGGCGUGGGUCAGAGCAGAGAAGCCUGUUGCUCAAUUGACACCAGAUUAAACACACCGAGAUUACUGCAUGGCACUCAUUAGGAAAUACGGGAGGAACCUAGCAAUCCUGCUUUGCAAUCCAGUCUCAAUAGGCAUAGCUAGGGAACACAUCUUAAAAAGCAGAGACAUCACCUUGCCAACAAAGGUCCGUAUAGUUCAAGCUAUGGUUUUCCCAGUAGUGAUGUAUGGAAGUGAGAGCUGGACCAUAAAGAAGGCUGAUCGCCGGAGAAUGGAUGCUUUUGAAUUAUGGUGCUGGAGGAGACUCUGGAGAGUCCCAUGGACUGCAAUAAGAUCAAACCUCUCCAUUCUGAAGGAAAUCAGCCCUGAGUGCUCACCGGAAGGACAGAUCCUGAAGCUGAGGCUCCAAGACUUUGGCCACCUCAUGAGAAGAGAAGACUCCCUGGAAAAGACCCUGAUGUUGGGAAAGAUGGAGGGCACAAGGAGAAGGGGACGGCAGAGGACGAGAUGGUUGGACAGUGUUCUCAAAACUCAACAUGAGUUUGACCAAACUGCGGGAGGCAGUGGAAAACAGAAGUGCCUGGCGUGCUCUGGUCCAGGGGGUCACGAAGAGUCGGACACGACUAAACAACUAAAGAACAACAAGGGAGCACAGAAGACCCCAUUAGAAAGCAAGCAGUUUGAUAUCUUUGUCGUGUGUGUAGAGGCUGAUUUAAGCUUUUUUUAAUAACGUGUGUACUAAGAAGAACCCGCUGCAUCAGGCCAAGGUAGUAAAUUGUCCCUUCACUUUCAGUGAAGGUAGCAAUUUGCACAAACCGAGUAAGGAAGUGUUCCUCCUCUCAUUGAAGUUUUAGCAGCAUACUUGACCCAGGAGCACCAAAAUGUCUCAAAAGUAGCAAAGCCAGUUGCAUUCUCCAGCCACUUCUCCAGCUUCCCCUUAUGUGUCAAGUAUGCUGGCUGGUUCCUGACAACAGGGGCACGAAACUGAAGUGUGAAGUUAUCUGUCCCUCCAGAAGAGCACUUUGAACUUUGGGAGUUCAGCAACCCAUUGAUUUUUGCUUGUUGUGUUUGACUUUUGUUCUGUUAAUAAUUUUUGCCAUUUUAAAGAAGGGGUGGGGAGUCUCUGUCCUGCGGACCAAUACCAGGCCUCCUCAUUUGGCUUCUGAGGCAGUUUCCCAAACUACGUUCACCUGUCUCCAUAUGUGAUGUCUGCUGUGGGGGCGCUUGAGAGAGACAGCUGCCUCUCCUGCAAAAAGCAGCUGUUGCGCAGGGGGUUCAGUCCUUCUUGGUGACUGUCUCCCCCCAGAUCAGCAGGACCACCCGCCUGCCACGCACAUGACGUUGUUACAUUAGAUGAUUGGCAAGUGGGUGGUCCCACGCAGCUACCAAAGUUGGACCAAAUGACGGGGGGAGAUAAAGACCUGGCCCUCCAGGCCAACAAGGCUCCCCUGUCAUAAAUCAAUGCCACUGCCCUCUUAAAAUGGUUUUGUGUUGGGCAGUCGCUGCAGGUCAAGCAGGCCCCCAGCCUCCAAUCACCCACCUUAACCUUACGUCUACAUGUGUCCCCUUUCCCUAGGUUUGAGCAAUGAGAGUUGGUCAAUUAUGAAGAACAUGGCUACAGAGCUGGGGAUCAUUCUGAUUGGCUACUUCACCUUCGUCCCAGCUAUCCAGGUACUUGGUGGGUUCUUGUGGGGCAGAAGCCCUUGGCUUCUUGGGGUGGGGGGUUGGUUUAGCCUGGCAAUUACCCACCAGUUGCAGAGCAUCCUUGGAAAUAACAACAACAACAACAACAACAACAACAACAAUAAUAAUAAUAUUAAUAAUAAUAUUAAUAUUUUAUUUAUACCCUGCCCAUCUGGCUGGGUUUCCCCAGCCACUCUGGGCAGCUUCCAACAGAAUAUUAAAAUACAAUAACCUAUUAAACAUUAAAAGCUUCCCUAAACAGGGCUGCCUUCAGAUGUCUUCUAAAAGUCUGGUAGUUGUUCUCUAUGACAUCUGGUGGGAGGGCGUUCCACAGGGCGGGUGCCACUACCGAGAAGGGCUUGUGGUCCUGCCCUUCUUCUCAGACCUCCUGUGUUGCCACCCCAUGUUAGUCCACAGCGUCUUGUGCCAUCUGCCAACCCUCUUCCUGCAGUUCACAGUUGCCAAAAUUUUCAGUCAGUUCAAUCUACCAGCUCAUCAUAUGUCACCGUGUUUUCAUCUGGCAACAGUCAGUUGUGUUUCUGUAGCCCUGAGACACUUCCCUAGUGGGGUCCCCCUUGAAGACCGCUACAAGGCUAGAUGGGGCUUGGCUGUUGGGGGCGCCUCAGCCAUCCAUGUUGCCAUCUUGCUACCUUCUAGAUCAGUGGUUCUCAACCUGUUGUGGGACUACAACUCCCAUCAUCCCUGAGCUCUGGCCUUGCUAGCUAGGGGUGAUGGGAGUUGUAGUUCAACAACAUCUGGGGACCCACAGGUUGAGAAAGGCUGUUCUAGAUGCAGUUCAGAUGGGGGGGAGUGCGGCAUUUCAUUCAUUCAUUCAUUCAUUCAUUCAUAUGCCACUUUCCCUCCCAAAAAAUCAUGCUCAAAGCAGCUUACAACAAAGAAAACGGGAACGCAUAACAACAGACCAAAGUGACACAAUAGCAAAUGUAGUAAUAUGCAAAAAACAAAACAAAACAAAUAACAAAACAUAACAAGGGAGUUCUCCUUGGUCCCAGAAACACCCCUCCCAUAACGUUGCUCACAGUCUCCUGCAGCAGCUUCUUGCAGGGCUUCCAAGGUCAAGGGGUGGGAUAGCUUGAAACACCCCUCCCAUAAUGUAACUCACUGUGUACCUUGAAAGCCGCUCAGUGUGCUGAGACUUGCAUAUGUCUUAGGGAAUGCUUUCCGUCACUACCAUUGUAAGGUCCGCAACCUGUUGAAGGCAGCUUCAUAAUAGUCCACUCCCUGAACUGGGUCUGUUCCUGGCGGGACUUCCUCUUGGAAGCCUGCCGUGGCCUGAAAGCGUUGCUUGUCUCUGUUCCCUUCUCCACAGUUCAUAGAUUAAAUACCGUUAAGAUCCUUUUGAUGGGAUAGAAAGUGUAUUUUGAGCAACCUUUAUGCCUCCUGUGCUGUAGCAGCAGAAUGGCGGCAGAUUCUGGUGGCUGAAAUCCAAACCUUCCAGCCCUGAUUUCUGCAUCUUUGCAAUAAUGGUGCCUAGAACAGGUCUGCUUGUCUGCCCCUUAUCUGUGGCCCUGAACGUGAAGGACACAUAAGAGAUAAUGCUCAGCAUGCUUGUCACAGAGUCCAAGGAAUCCUGGCAAUAGGGAGCCAAGCUGACGCAGGCUUCAUGCACUUUUGACCCUCGCCCUGUUUACUUGAGGUCCGGUGCUGCACUCUUUGGCUAAGGACCUGUACUUCAUUACCCCCUGGGUUUAGCCUACUCAGCCUUGGCGCUCCUCUUGCUCUCUGGAGGUAGAAUUGGUCCCUCAAAUAGGUGACCCGUUGUGUCGAGAGAUGUGGGAACGCACAUGUUCACACAUACCCUUACCUCCUCCCUGCUCCCUGCACUGGGCAGCACGGAUCCUGAAACAGAUCCUAAAUACACCUUCCCCCCAAAACCGGAAGCACUUUUGCUGGGGUUGAUGGGGGAAGAAAUUGCGAAAGUGGACCAGAGACUAUUUUUGUAUGCCACAGUUGCGGCAAGAACUUUAUUAGCCCCAAAGUGGAAAUUACAGGAAAUACCAACGAUUGCAGAGUGGCAGACGAAAAUGAUGGGCUGUGUAGAACUGGCAAAACUGACUUGCAGAAUCAGGAACCAGGAGGAGUCAAAAUUCCAGAGAGACUGGAGUAAAUUUAUUGAUUACGUUAAUAAUCAUUGCGAAAGUUUGAAGACACUAGCAGGACUGAAAUGAUUCCUACGACGUGGACUUUAUAGUUAUAAAUGCAAGAUACAGAUUUGUAAUAGAAAGCUUGUUGAAGGGGGUUUGGGGAAGGAAGUCUUGCGCUCGCAGAGUGUGGAAAGAUUGGAUUGGUGAUGUAAAGUGAAAUUAUUGUUUGAUGAGAAAAUGAAUAAAAAUUAUAUUUAUAAAGAAGAUCCUGGAACUGCUGCUCCUGUUGCUGAGUGAGAACUGCUGAGUCAUGUCUGGCAUAACCAGCUCCCAGCUGCACACAGUUUCUUGCUGCACAAAGAUCUCUAUUUGCUGCCUGCUCUGGGGUGACUCUCCCUGCUGGGAGCUUAGUACAGCAGCUAACAAACACCCUCCUCUCUCGUGCCUUGCAGGAAUUCUGCCUUUUUGCUGUGGUUGGCUUGGUGUCCGACUUCUUCCUCCAGAUGCUCUUCUUCACCACCGUCCUGUCCAUUGACAUCCGCCGCAUGGAGGUAAAAGAAGGCAGUAAUAAUAAUUAUUAUUUAUCACUUGUGCCCUGCCCAUCUGACAGGGUUGCCCCAGCCGCUCUGGGUGGCUUCCAACAAAGUAUUAAAAACACACACACACAAUACAUCAGACAUUAAAAGCCUUCUGAUACUGGGCUGCCUUCAGAUGUCUAACGGAAGGUCGUCUAACAUAAUUGUUUAUUACUUGCAGUGGUUCCCAGAGGGGGCCGUGGGAUUAUCUAGAGGGGAGGCAGGGGGUGCUGGAAGUAUAAAUGACUAUCCGACCAUCACUGAAUCAGGUUUCUCAAUACCGUCAAAUGAAUUGAACUAGGUAAUUAUAAUUGGAUUUUGGAUAAAUGUGCAAAUAAUUGCGACUGUUUUGAAUUUUAUUGUGUUGUUAUCUUCCUUGGUUGGUUGUGCAAAAUGUUCUGAAAUGCUUUUUACAGGGAAGGGGAGGGGGCACUGGGGAUGAGUUUACGGAAUCAAAAGGGGGUGGGUGGGCUAACCCUUGUGUGCUUGGCUGGGUGUCUUAUGAGCUGAGAGAAGCAGGGAUUACAAGAUCAGGCACUUCUGAAUACAGAGGUUCAAGUCAGCUGUACGUGGAUGACUUAAACUGGCACUUGUCAUUGGAGGCAAUUCGCUGAACACAGAUUCGGGGCACAGAUUUGGGAUUCUGUGUGCCACAGUGUGAGACGCCGAUGGCCAGCUUCUCUGGCAACCCUGUGUUUCAGGCCACGUACCUACAGGGCCGUCUCUCCUGUUAUGCCCCGCAGAGGACCUUAAGGUCCACAAAUAACAACACUUUGGAGGUCCCGAGCCUCAAGGAGGUUAGAUUGGUUUCAACUAGGGCCAGGGCCUUUUCAGCACUGGCCCCGACAUGGUGGAACACUCUGUCACAAGAGACUAGGGCCCUGCGGGACUUGACAUCUUUCUGCAGGGCCUGCAAGACAGAGCUGUUCCGCCUGGCCUUUGGUUUGGACUCGGUCUGACCCUUAGGUUUCCCUCCCCUUAUGGUCUUGAUUUAUUAACUACUUUAAAAUGAGGCUGCAUUUUAAAUUGCAUUUUAACCUGUAUUUUAAAUUGGUCCCUCCCCCCUUUUCCCCCUAUUAUGUUUUUACUGUGAUUUUAUUGGUGUUAGCCGCUCUGAGCCCGGCUCUGGCCGGGGAGGGUGGGGUAUAAAUAAUAUUUAUUAUUAUUAUCAUUAUGGUUAAGUUUGCUGUUGUCUUUCUGUUUCUGACCCCACCACUUUCCCUCUCUUGGCAGCUUGCAGAUCUGAACAGGCGCCUCCCGGCUGAAGCUUGCAUGCCCUCCUCCACCAAGCCGGCGAGCCGCGCCCAGCGGUAUGAGCGGCAGCCCGCCAUGCGGCCUGCCACCCUGCACACCAUCACCCUGCAGCCCUCCUCCUUCAGGAACCUGCGCCUGCCCAAGCGCCUGCGGGUGAUCUACUUCUUUGCCAGGACCCGGCUGGCACAGAGACUCAUUAUGGUAGGCCCUCCGCCGGAGCAGCUCUGUGGGCCGUGCUACAGGAAGUGGGAUGCUUCCAGUGGGAGGAACAGGCAGGGCUUUUGUUAGCUGGGAAGUGGAGCAGAAAAGCCCUGCUGGGCUGAGGGCAGGGCUGGGAGGCAGAGCACAAAGAGGCAGCAAGAGCCAAGGCUGUAGCUGGCUAACAUGGCUGGCUCCUUCUACCCAUCAUCUGCCUGGGUUUGUGUCUGUGGGUGCUGGAACAAUGGCAUGAGCCAGAGGGUGGAGAGUUGACAGGAGGCCUCGUUCCCCUUGUCUCUGAAAUCAUGGUGACAUCGCUGCUGCUUCUUUUAACCUCCUUCCGUCGGGCCUGUAAGACAGAGCUAUUCCGCCUGGCCUUUAAUUUGAAUUCAGCCUGAUCUUUUAUUUCCCUUCUCUUCCCUCCUCCCCCCCUUUUAUGAAGAUCACCCGCUCUGAGACCCCAUAGCUAAUUCUCCCCUGGUCUCCUCGCUGGCCCAAGUAGGACCAAUUUAGCCCUGGGGAUUAUCUAAUUGAUUUUUGAAUUUUAUUGUUAUUCAUGUUUUUAUACUGCAUUUUAUGCUGCUUUUAUAAUUAAGUGUUUUAAAGUGUUUUAAAUUCGUUGUUAGCCGCCCUGAGCCCAGUUUUUGAACCGGGAAUGGCGGGGUAUAAAUAAAAAAAUUAUUAUUAUUAUUAUUAUUAUUAUUAUUAUGGCUAAAAUUUACAGAGAUUGUAAAUCUCUUUACACCUUAAAAGCGGCAUAUGAAUGUUAUAUAUUAGCAGUACUUGAGGUAGCCUAGUCAGCUGGGAGGAUGGAUGUUGGUGCACUCGCCCAGGUCAUGCCUAAGAACUGGGAUUUUGGAGGGGCAGAUAAUCAUCAUCAGUAGUAUGUUUAUACCACUUAAUAUGCAAGGAACCUAAGUGGUUUAUGUAAUACACAGUAAGUUUUUUUUUAAUAAAGUAUAUUAAUGUUUAAAACCAAAAAUACAAAGAACGACAUCAGAAAAUACAGAGAAGCCAUCAACAAAACAUGCAGUUAAAUAUCAAUAAAUAAUCAGCAUGACAGUGUGAUAAAUCUUAUGGGAUAGAUGAGUCCUUAGGCAGUGUUUAGAGUUGGCCACUGUUUCUGGCUCAUGGACAGCACACAGAAGGGUGUUUGACCAUUGGUCAUGUCGACUGGGUCCAAAAGUAGCUGGAGUGUCUUGGGUUCCCUAUCUGCAUGGAGAAUUACACCUCUUCGCUUUCCCUUACGCUGCUUCUGGCUCUUCCAUCAACAGACGGGUGCAAGGAAGUGAAAGAAAUUGGGGAGUGGACUCAAUCCAGAAGAGGGCUGUGGAUUUCUGAAGUCCACAAAUGCUCCUUUGCUUAGAACACAUGGAUUUUUGGUUCUGGGAGACUUUUGUGUCAGGGAAAGCAGGGUUCUGUGAGAGCCAGUGUGGUGUAGUGGUUAAGAGCGGUAGACUCGUAAUCUGGUGAACCAGGUUCGCGUCUCCGCUCCUCCCCAUGCAGCUGCUGGGUGACCUUGGGCUAGUCACACUUCUUUGAAGUCUGUCAGCCCCGCUCACCUCACAGAGUGUUUGUUGUGGGGGAGGAAAGGAAAGGAGAAUGUUAGCCGCUUUGAGACUCCUUCGGGUAGUGAUAAAGCGGGAUAUCAAAUCCAAACUCUUCUUCUUCUGCAGACGGGGACCAUGGUGUGGAUUGGCAUCUUGUUUUACACCGACCCGGCCGGCCUCCGCCCUUACCUGGCCUCUCAAGUCACGGAGCAGAGCCCGCUGGGUGAGGCAGGGCUGCCCGCCAUGCCGGUUCCUGGAGAGGUCCUUCCCACUGGCGACGCCAAGCUGUCCCUCUCUGUCUUCGCUUCGGACCCCGUCCAGCAGCUGUCCGAGAACCAGACGCGGGAUUCGCUGAGCAGGCAAGAAUCGAGCCACCGUGCCAAGGCUGAAGAGCAGGAGAGCCGGGGGAGCAGCGGGCAGCCGGAUCUGGGCCCCAAGGCGGAAGUGACAUGGGGAGUGGAAGAUGAGGAGAUCUGGAGGAAGCUCUCCUUCCGGCACUGGCCUUCUCUGUUCAGCUACUACAACAUCACGCUGGCCAAACGGUGAGUGGCAAGAAGACAGCCCUGAUGUUUCUGCCAGGGCAGAAAGCGCACAAAGUCUCUCUGCUGCAUCUGUGGACUACGUUGGUUAAGCACAGGGAGGGAAUGUCUGGCCAGAGUCUUCCCUGUAUGUCAGGAGGCUUGUGUACUUGGAUAUUGGCCUCCAAAGUUGGUGUGGAGUCUUCUAGCCCCUUGAGCUCUGGGUGUACGGCUGGCUUCUUCCUGUUAAAACUGUGGCAUUCCCAAAGCAAAGGAAGGAUUGGACUCUGAUUAAUAGAUUAAUAGAUUGACCAGCAAUUGGGAGAGGUGCCAAUAAUAAUUCCUGUCCACCCCUCGGCCCAGGUCGUUUUAUUCACAAAAUAACUUUUUACACAGUGUUCGUAAGAACCAAUCAGAUUUCCUCUGAGCAUUUCAAAAAACCCCACAUGGGGACAAAGUUAGAUCAGAAGAAAUUCUUUUAACUACAAAGAAACUAUUUCCUACUUGAGCAUGCAUAGUAGUCCAGAGUAAAUAAAAUAGGAAGCAAUGCUUUUAGGAAAACCCGGAAGUCAUAAACAGCAGUAAACAGUAUUUACCAUCUCCUUGUGAACUCUCUUCCUGGCCCUUAGAUCUAUCUACAGAUCAAAGCAACCUGCUAUCUUUAUGUACUGAGGAUGCCUGAUGAAGCAACUGGCCUGUCUUUCAGAAUGCUUAUACGUGCCUGUCAGGCAGAGAAAUAGGACAGAUGCAGAGGCAUGGAUUGAUCAGAAAUCGCAUCAAAAUGGCUCAAAUCCAGUCAACGCAAUGCUUUCAUCGCAGACACAAAUGGCUUCCUCCAUAUUUUUUUAUAAUUCCCCAUAGCAAUCCCACCUGAUCACUACAAAAACUGUGGAACUCAUUCCAGCAGGAGGCAGUGAUGGCCACCAACUUGGCUUUGAAAGAAGAUCGGACAAAUUUAUGGAGGAAGAGAGGGCUAUUGACGGCUACUAUUUGUGAUGGAGCCUACGGUCUGCCUCCACAGUUUGAGAUAGCAAUGAUUCCGAAUGCCCAAGGCUCUUGUGCUUGAAUCUUGUUUGUGGGUGUUCCACAGCCAUCUGGUUGGCUGCUGUGAGAACAAGAUGCAGAACUAGAUCGGCUCCUGAUCCAGCAGGAUCCUCUUAUGUUCUUUGCUCUUGUAUCCUCUGAUAACACGGGGUGCUCUUCUUUCCCCUCCGGCCAUGCAUUUUGGAAUUAUUUCAUUUGUUCUGUUUACUUCCACACUGCUUCCUCGUCCGUGUUCUCAAAGUAGCAGUAGUAUUUUAUGAAAAAAACAGAACUCAACAACAAGGGGUGGGGGUAAAAGCAUUGACACCUGGGAGAGAAUUAGCAAAGAUUCAGAAAGAACAGCAGCUGCAGUGGAACCUCAGUUUUUGAACAUUUCGGAAGCUGAACGCUGAAAACCCGGAAGUGAAUGCUUCUGUUUUCAAACGCGACUCAGAAGUCGAAUGGCUUCUGAAACGUGUUUCUCAUUUUUCCCCCAUUCAGUUUGCCGACAGGCCUUUGAUCCUUGGUUGUGCAAUGUUUUGGAAGUCAAAACAGUUUUCCGGAAUGGAUUACGUUCGAAAACCGAGGUUCCACUGCAGUGAAAAAAGAUCCUGUUAAGGCUCAUGUGCUCCGGCAUAGGGCAGCCUGUUCCUGCCACCUUCUGAAGGAAGAGAGGGAAAUGGGCAGUCAAACCUCGCCUGGCCAGGAACUAUUAUUAAUGGAGGCACCCCCAGUGUCAUAUCACAGUCUUGUUUUUGAUAAUCUACAAAAAAUUGUAACUAAAAGCUGCCUUCUGGCUUAUUCACACAGUACUGGACAUUGCAUCGAGCUAAGAAACGCAGGCAGUGAAAAAGCCAUGAACUGAGUGAAAGCCUUUCUGCCUCUUGUCCCUGCUUUUUCUAUGUUGGCCGGUCAGUCCUGUCAUUAUCGCUUCUCUUACUGCUCUUGCAGGUACAUCAGCAUCCUUCCAGUCAUCCCAGUCACUCUGUACCUGAACCCGCAGGAGGCCUUGGAGGCACGCCAUCCUCACGAGGCAAAUCGAUACUACCCAUUCUUCUCACCGAGCAGUGAGAAGUCGGAGCAGGUGGCAGAAGGUGUGCCCAAAGUGCAAGGGCACCAAGACGUCACGCUGUACAAGUAAGAGAGCUGAUCGUGGGGGGGAGAUGCUGCCAAAGUGAGGGGUGGGGAGGGAAGAGGGAGAGCUGAGGGGGGCCAUUAAGACACCCGCUGGUUUGUAAGCCUUUGCCGGGCAUGGCAUGCCACUCUCCUGCUUUAGAGUGGCUGGUUUCUCAGUAUCUUGCAGAACAGAAACUACCGUAGUGAGUUGGGUGAAAGAUCUGCUUUUAUCCCACACAAUUUAUCCGAGAUGUGUGUGCACCUUAAAAUUCUUAUAACAGAGCAUAGCCCUGUGUUCUCUCUCAGCUGCACUGACUCAAGCGCUAGAUGACCCUGCUGUAGCCAUUGGCACCUGUUUGGAUCUGUUGUAUUCUUUCCCUUUAUUUAUAGAAAUAUUUUAUGCCGUGUCAUAAAAAGAUAUAUCAAAGCAGCUUGCAGCAGUAAAACCAUAAAACCAUGCAAUAAAGAACUUAAAAACAGACAUCAACUACCCCUUGUGGCAGGAUGCAUUCUUAAUUGCCUGCAAAGGCCUGGCAGAAUAGAAAAGCUUUAAGCAAGUGCUUGCAAGUUGGCACAGAAGGCUCCUGCUGAAUCUCUAGUGGCAGGGAGUUCCACAGGACUGGGCCAGUGGCAGGCACUGUAGACUUGGUUCCUUUCUGUCCAGUGAGCCUCACCAAUUCGGGGAACGACCAGCCGUGCUCCUGCACAUGGUCUCAGUGUACUUGAAAUGAUGGGAUUGGAGCCAAAGGUAUUUGUGACUGACUGACUUCUCCAUUUUCCACGAACCACCUCAGGGUCGCUGCUUUGGGACUGGCGUCUGGGAUCCUCUUGGUCCUCCUGCUCUUCUGCCUGUACAAAAUCCUGUGUCCCAAAAACUAUGGGCAGAACGGGCUCUCCCACAGCCGGCGUAGAAGAGGAGACCUGCCCUGCGAUGACUAUGGCUACUCUCCGCCGGAGACAGAGAUCACCCCUCUGGUCCUCAGGGGCCACCUGAUGGUAAGAAGCAAGACAGGGGCCUUGGUGUAGCAAAUGUGUCUCAUCCCUAGCUUCUCCAUCCUGACUAGAGCAGAGGCGAAACCACAUAGAGGAAGCACAUCCAAACAUAAUGCUGUUGCAGAAUUUUUAAAGGCUGUGUUUUUUGACAGCUCGAUGCUGGGUGGGGUCACAGAAGGGGAUGCUGUGGGGGCAAGAAACGCUAACAAGGGGGGGGGGCAAGGAACUGUGGGGCACAAAGCACCCUUUCCCAGUUGCCUGGCCACUGGGAAUCUUUCCCAAAAGACCUAGUCUUUGCCAGUCAGUGCCCAUAAGCUUUCAGAGAGAGAGACAGAGCUGUUUCCUUCCUUCCCUGCAUGUUCACUUAUUGGAGAUCCCUGGUUUGCCACUAUUGAAAGGAUAGGAAAGAGGAUUGAUAGAUGAAGAGAUACCACGGAGGGGGGAAAGAAUUUUUCUGUAUGCAAGUACAGCUGCUAGAAUAGUGAUUGCUGUUAGGUGGAAGUCACAAACGAUACCCGCAAAGGAGGAAUGGAUUUGUAAACUAAAUGAAUAUUUAAUUUUGGCAAAGCUAACCGCUAUAAUAAGAAAUCAGUCAAAUCAAAAAUUAAGUAACGAGUGGAAAUUUUUUGAUGAAUUUAUGGCAAAAUAUUGCUCAAAAAAAGAUACGGUGACAUGCCUAGAUUAAAAUGUGAAGUACUGGAUGGAAGAAAAAUUAGUAAGGAAAAAUAAUAAGAAUAUAUAGAUGAUUUGAGAAGAUUGUAGAAUGCAAAGAUUAUUGUAAAUUGUGUAAUGUGCAGGAAAUCGAGUGGGGGUGGAGGGAAGUGGGAGGAAGGAGAAAAGAAUAAUGUGAUGGAUUGAGGAAAUAUAAAUGUAAAUGUAUUGGGGGAUGGGGAGGAAAUGGUGUUGGCUUUGGUACAUUUGUAUUGUAAUGUAAUAUGUGAAAACUAAUAAAAAAGAAAAGAAAGGAGGGGGAAGGAUAGGAAAGAGGGUGCCAAACUGGAUGGAUUCGCUCUGGUCUGAUCCAGCAGCCAGACUUUUAAGGAGGCAAGCCAGGAGGCAUACACUGGAGUCCCCUUGUCCUCAGGGCACGAUCCUUCCUGCAUUGCAUCAGUUGUUCAGCAUUUGACCUGUUGUGUCUUUUUGCAGGACAUUGAGUGCCUGGCUAGUGACGGGAUGCUGCUUGUGAGCUGCUGCUUGGUGGGCCAGAUCCGUGUGUGGGACGCUCAGACGGGCGACUGCCUCACUGUCAUUCCGAAGCAAGGGUAGGUUUGGCUUCCUGCUGCCGACCGGCCGUUCAGGCUGAUGGGCUACUAGCUUCAAUAGCUCCUCAUGGAAAUGUGUGCAAGUCCUUGCUUGGUUGUCGAUUGCUGGCUAUAGAUGAUGCCCCAUUUUAAAAGGCAAUAGAUUGUUUAGGUAAAGGUAAAGGGACCCCUGACCAUUAUGUCCAGUUGUGGCCGACUCUGGGGUUGCGACGCUCAUCUUGCUUUACUGGCCGAGGGAGCCAGCGUAGAGCUUCCAGGUCAUGUGGCCAGCAUGACUAAGCCGCUUCUGAUGAACCAGAGCAGCGCACGGAAACGCCGUUUACCUUCCCGCCCGAGCAGUACCUAUUUAUCUACUUGCACUUGGAUGUGCUUUCUGCUAGGUUGGCAGGAGCAGGGACCGAGCAACGGGAGCUCACCCCGUCGCGGGGAUUCGAACUGCCGACCUUCUGACUGGCAAACCAUAGGCUCUAUGGUUUAACCCACAGUGCCACCCGCGUCCCUAGAUUGUUUACUUAGCCAUUUUUUUGCCAUGUCCCUAUUGGAGUUGCCAAUCCAGCAUGCUCCAGUCCUUAUUGCGGACCUGGGUUCAAAUCCAUGUGCAGUCUAAAUCUCUGGGUUUCCCUGCUCUCAGUCUCAGUUUCACAAAGGGUAGAUAUCAAUAAUCUACUGAUGAGUGUGUUGUCUACCAGAAUAUGUCCAGAAAUGCUUAUGCACAAGGGCUGCCUGACGUCCCUUGAGAAAACGUUGCCAGUGGUCUCUGAAGGAAAAUUCUACUUCUGGCUGAAGUUGCUUAGUGGUACAAGGUGUGUUGCAUCAGCUUCAAUGGGUGGUCGAGCUACCCCCCAAACGUCUGUUGUCUGUUCUCUGGUAGUCUCUAGGUUAGACUUCUGCAAUGUGUUAUAUGUGGGGCUGCCUUUGAAGAUGGUUUGGAAGCUGCAGCAGCCAGGUUCCUCGCUGGGGCAAGAUGCUCUGACCACAAAACAACAAUCCUGGGCUGAUUCCACUGAGCGCCAGUUGAUUUCUGGGCCCAAUUCAAAGUCCUAGCUAUGACCUAGAAAGUCUCUACACAGUCAUACCUCGGGUUGAAUGUGCUUCAGGUUGAGCGCUUUCAGGUUGCGCUCCACGGUAACCCGGAAGUAACGGAGCUUGUUACUUCCGGGUUUCGCCACUCACGCAUGCACAGACGCUCAAAACGUCACGUGCAUGCGCGGAAGCGGCAAAACACAACCCGCGCACGCACAGACGCGCCAUCGCAUCUUACGUUCCAUUCAGGAUGCGAACAGGGAUCAGGAAUGGAUCCCGUUCGCAUUCCGAGGUUCCACUGUAAUCUCUGUUUUUUUGCACACCCGGUCACAAACUUGCAGAAGAAAUGAGCUGCUGGAGUGGCUUAGGGUGGAGGUCUGCUUAAUUCCAAGGUGGCCAUAUCCCUCUCUGUGCUCUGCUUGACCCCUCACCCCACAUCCUCCUCUUCUUGGCUGCCUUCCAGGCUGCGUCGAGAGAACAGCGGCAUCUUCGAUUACCAAGACUGCUGGGACCCCAACCGCCUCGAUAGCAAGAGUGGGCUAGAUGACGGCUCUGACGGCAGCUGCCGCCGUCCCUUCAAGAGGGCCCGGAGCCCCCCGCAGCCCCUCCUGUUCAGCGACCAGCCCGACCUCACCUCCCUCAUUGACACCAACUUCUCUGAGCAAGCCAAGGCCGCAACUGCCCCAGAGCCCCGCCACCGCGCCACCUGCGGCCGGCAGGAGUCUGGCUACGACUUCAGCAGCCUGGUGGAGAAGGUCUGCGAGGAACAGAACCCCUCCAACUGCGUGAACUUCUUGGGCUUCUCUGCCCCCUACGGACAGGUGGCCUUCAGCCCCCAGGCUGGCAGUGGGUCCAGAUCCCCAGGGUGCGGGGGCGAGGAAGGGGACUGCGUAGCCCGCAGGAGCAGCCUUGGGGAUGAGCCCUAUGCUGGGCUGGAGAAGAUGCCCCCCCUUCCCUCUUUGGGCGGUGACUUUGAAAGCUCCAUCUGGAGCCUGGAGCUGCAAGGGAACCUCAUUGUGGCCGGCCGGAGCAACGGGAGGCUGGAGGUAAGGAAGGAGGCCGGGUCUUGUUGGCCUUGGGCUUUUUGAGGCCUGGGGGAAGCAGAGCCUUCCAUAGCUGUGCUUGUUCGGCUGCAGAGUCUCUCCCCCCCCCCCAAGCCCGGAAAGGAAGAACUCCUUUAGGUUUUGAUCGCAAAGGACAUCAAGGGAGGCAUCAGCUCUCUGCCCUGAGGCUGUUGCACACAAAGCCAUGUGCACACGCACACACACCAAGCCCAUGACAGCUUAGCACUGCUCGGGAGCUUUUGGCCCCUGGGCCCGAUCAGGCCCACCAGGGAUCCUUAUUUGGCCCUCCCACCUCUCCGCCACCUACUGUUGUCUGUGGGAUUGUAAACCCACAGGGCCAAAUGGAAAAGAAUCAGAACCGCUCCAGCACCUUCCUUUCCAGUUGUAGUUCAGUGCUUUUAGAAUUUGUACCUUAAAGCCCACCGAUUACAGCUGCAAAACAAGGAAUUGAGAGCGCAGUCUAAAGGCUCCCCAUUUCUUACUGCUUCCAUGCUAUCUAGCAGUGUUAGAAACUCAGCUAUAUAAGCUAGGCACCAAAUGGUUCCUUAAACCAAGGUUACAGUCGCCAAAAUGGAAUGCGUAGUUACUGUUUGGGGGCAAGCCAGCUCUAAAGUCUUAUUUAUCAGUCGUGAGCUAGGUUAAGAAUUAGAGAACUUAAAGGCAUCUUCGCUUGGUCACAAGUGGCCAAUAGUCAGGUACAAAAUGUGCCUAAUUUCGAACACUGCUUUCAAGCAGUGGCUGCAAUCCCUUGGCAUCAGGUGAUUGAGAGGUGGAUGUUCCUGGGGUCCACGGCAGGAAGGGGGCAGUUGUAGCUCUGGCCUGCCAACCAGAUCCAGUUCCCAUCUCUGUCUCAGAAGGUGCCACGGCCCAAUCUGUCUUGAGCAAGGGCAAGGGGAAAUGGGAAGCCAAUGAGCCAGAGGCCAACUCAUGUAACACGCAUCCUCACCUGGCAUGGAAUUGUCACUCUGUUUUCCUUACAUCCCCAAAUACCCCUAGUUCUGCAAAAUGCCUUCUGGUAGUACAGUCAUAUCUUGGGUUACAGAUGCUUCAGGUUGUGUUUUUCCAGGUUGCGGACCGCAGAAUCCCAGAAGUACCGGGACGGGUUGCUUCUGGGUUUCAGCGGUUGCGCAUGCGCAGAAGUGCUAAAUUGCACUUUGUGCAUGCGCAGAAGCGCCAAAUCGCAACCUGCGCAGAUGUGGGUUGCGAAUGCUGCGGGUUGCAAACGUGCAUCCCGCACAGAUCACAUUCGCAACCCAAGCGUCCACUGUAUAUGCCAAGAGGUUCCCCCAAGAGCAUCUAUCCGCACCCAGCCUGCAUGCUGUCUCCAGACUCUGAUGUGGGCGGGGGAUGAGAAGCAACUGAAACAUAACCAAGUUCCCUCCCCGCCCCAUUUCUUUAUAUGCUUGCUGUCCGGACUGGUGGGAGUUGUAUCCCAAAACAUCUCUCUCUCUCGGCCUCUUGUGUUGCAGGUGUGGGAUGCCAUUGAGGGCAGUCUGCAUUGCAGUAACGAAGAUGGCCAGUCAGGCAUCACUGCCCUUGUCUUCCUGAACAGCAGGUAAGCAGCCCGACUCCUCCAUGCCCAGAGCAUCUCUCAGUAGCUGAUGGUUAGUCCUGUCUGGCUGAUGGACCAGCUAUAUUUAGGAGUCUGCCAUGACCCCCUGCUGCUGCUCCACCAUGCCUGCCUUUCCUAAGUGAUCGCAACUUCUCGCCUCUCCUGACUGCAGGAAUAUUCCUCAGGUUUCAGGAGGGUGAGGCUUUUGGCCUGCCUUAACCCAGGAGGAGCUCCUCCUUGUGGUUAGCCCUCAAGCAGAGUUUCCAGGCCUCUCUUGGCUUUCCACAAGGCACACGAUGAUCCUUGGGUCUCAUGUGUAGACUCUUCCCCUCUCCCCACCCUUUGCCAGCCAGUCCAUGCAGCUUAUCUACUUGCACUUUGACGUGCUUUCGAACUGCUAGAUUGGCAGGAGCAGGGACCGAGCAACGGGAGCUCACCCAGUUGCGGGGAUUCGAGACUCCUUAGGGAAGUGAUAAAGCGGGAUAUCAAAUCCAAACUCCUCCUCCUUCUCCUCUUCUUUUCCUCUCCUGUCUCAGGCCACAGGGACAAAUGUUGGCUGGGCUUGUGUGAAGAGGGAGUGCUCAUGUUUCUUUUUCCUUCUGUACCCCUUGGAUAGGAUUGUUGCUGCUAGGCUGAAUGGCUCCCUGGAUUUCUAUUCCUUGAGGACGCACACCUCUUUGGAUCACUCCCAGCUCAGAGGUGAGUGUUGCUCUCCCCACACCUCCCAGGUGGAAGCAGAAGUUUCUUGGCCUGCUGUGGUCACUGCCCCUCCAGGUUCAGGCUGCUCUCUGCUCUGCUUUCCUCUGGAUCUGCCCAGGAUCCAAUAGUGGAAGAGCUGGCAGAUAAUUCCUUCCCCAGCAGCAGGUUCUGGCUAGCUUCCUGCACCUACAGCUUCCAUGCGCUUGAUGACUGUAACCUUUAUUUGACUUCCAUUUCCCCGCCCAGAGUUAGAAUUUGUUUUUCUUUUUAUACACAACCUCCAUCUUCAGAUUCCUGGAGAACCUGGAUCUUGGCAGUAGAAGUGGAAAACUCAAAAAUAUAGAUGGUUUUCCCUCGAGUUUCCCUGGGUACAUAAGAAGAGCCUGCUGCAUAAUAAUAAUAAUAAUAAUAAUAAUAAUAAUAAUAAUAAUAAAUUUAUUAUUUAUAUCCCCACCCAUUUGGCUGGGUUUUCCCAGCCACUCUGGGAGGCUUUCAACAGAAUAUUAAAAUACAAUAAUCUAUUUAAAAUUAAAAGUAGUUGUUGUUCUCUUUGACAUCUGCUGGGAGGGCGUUCCACAGGGCGGGCACCACUACCGAGAAGGCCCUCUGCCUGGUUCCCUGUAACUUGGCUUCUUGCAGGGAGGGAACCGCCAGAAGGCCCUCAGGGCUGGACCUCAGUGUCUGGGCAGAACGAUGGGGGUGGAGACGCUCCUUCAGGUAUACUGGACCGAGGCCGUUUAGGGCUUUAAAGGUCAGCACCAACACUUUGAAUUGUGCUUGGAAACGUACUGGGAGCCAAUGUAGGUCUUUCAAGACCGGUGUUAUGUGGUCUCAGCGGCCGCUCCCAGUCACCAGUCUAGCUGCCGCAUUCUGGAUUGGUUGUAGUUUCUGGGUCACCUUCAAAGGGAGCCCCACAUAGAGCGCAUUGCAGUAGUCCAAGCCAGAGAUAAGUAGAGCAUGCACCACUCUGGCGAGGCAGUCUGCGGGCAGGGAGGGUCUCAUCCUGCAUACCAGAUGCAGCUAAUAAAGAGCAGCCCUGGACAGUGGCCCAUCUGGCACAGCAUCCCCUUCUCACAGUGGCCACCAGGUGCCUGUGGGAAACCUGCAAACAGGAUCUGAGCACGAAGCCCCCUCCCCUCCAAAAGCGUUGCCACAUCCCCCUCUGUAGACACAGCAGAGCAAUCCUUGAUAGCCUUCUCCUCUUCCAUGAAUUUGUCAAAUCCUCUUUCGAAGCCGUCUGGGUUGGCAGCCAUUCCUGCCGCCUUUGGGAGCGAGGUCCAUAGCUUAUCUGUGUACUGCGUGAGGGAGGACUUUCUUUCCCCCGUCUCCUGAGGAGGAAGAGGCCUGACCAAACCAUCUUUCCCCCAGGAACACCCAGCAGGAGCAGCCUCCCAUCCUCUCCCAUGUACAGCAGCAACGAUGUCAUCACGUGUCAGCUGACCCACACGGUGACUUGCGCGCACCAGAAGCCCAUUACAGCCCUGAAGGCUGCAGCAGGGCGUCUGGUCACAGGGAGCCAGGAUCAUACGCUAAGGGUGAGUAACUGGGGGCUGGCAAACGUGCUGUGGAGUGGCGUUGGCUGCAGAACCUCUUCGUUCCAGCUUCUGUUUCACAUUGCCCAUGCCUUGCCCGUGCCCUGUCUGCCGUUCCAUGACAUAUCGGUGGUGCCAGCCAGGGAUGGAGCCUUCAAGCGGCAGGCUGAGGUGUGUGGUGGCUCAAGAGAAGGUGGCUUUAGGUAGGGCCAACGAGGCUGGCCAAGAUGGAGCUCGCCCGUGUUGUUUUGUGAGCCCUCUCCCACUUCCCGGAGGAAGCUUUUGAGGGCAGACUGGAGAAGAACAAGCUACUUGACAUGCUGUGCCUUCAGCAACUGGAGGCAGAAACCGCAGGAGGGCUCUUAAAGCUCGAUUCCUGCUUUCAGGAUUAGGACAUCUCGUUUGUCACUGUAAGAAGAGGAUGCUGGGCCAGGUGGAACUUUGCCCUGAUCCAGCAGGGUCUUCCCAGGUUCUUGCGCCCUUUUCUCCAUUCUGCCCCACCCCCCAGUUAGGUUGCUUGCCUGACCGUGAGCGUUUGAGAGGUGGCAGGUGGUACAUGUUUCUUUACUCCAGCCCUGCAAUAGGCAGCAGCUGGACAUGCCCAGGAGCAAGCAAGGAGGGAAAGGAGAUGCCAAGUUACAGGGAACCAGGCAGAGGGCCUUCUCGGUGGUGGCACCCGCCCUGUGGAACGCCCUCCCAUCAGAUGUCAAAGAGAAGAACAACUACUUGACAUUCUGAAGACAUCUGAAGGCAGCCCUGUUCAGGGAAGCUUUUAAUGUUUAAUAGGUUAUUGUAUUUUAGUGUUCUGUUGGAAGCCGCCCAGAGUGGCUAGGGAAACCCAGCCAGAUGGGUGGAGUAUAAAUAAUAUAUUAUUAUUAUUAUUAAUUAUUAUUAUUAUUACUACUACUACUACUACUACUACUGCUACUAUUACCAGUCUUGUCCAAGACCAGCAGUGCUUGAGACCACAACGUCCAACAGCUUCUGUGGCUUUUCAUGCCAGGCUUGGCCAAAGGAAGGGCAGGCAUGUGGUUUGUCAGCCCCUGUGUGUGUCUUCUGCCCCUUGAGCUCCCCUUACAGGUCUGUGUCUGCACAGGCCAGGGGUUGCCCACUUGCAGUGGGGAGAAUAAAGUGUGUGUGUGUGUGUGUGUGUGUGUGUGAGAGAGAGAGAGAGAGAGAGAGAGAGAGAGAGAGGAGCCCCUCCUGCACAGGCCCCUCUUCCACUGCUGGUGACACCACUUCUUCCCCAUUCAGGUGUACCGCCUGGAAGAUUCCUGCUGCCUCUUCACGCUGCAGGGCCACUCAGGAGCCAUCACAGCCGUCUACGUUGACCAGGUAGGAGGGAACUCACAGGGCCCAGGUUGCAGCUGCAAGAGAAGAGCGAGGAGGAGGGCACAGGUGGAGAAAGGCAGGGGGAACAGGCAAAAUAAGGCCAACCAGCCCACCAGUGUUAUUUAUCAUUAUUUAUUAAAUUUCUGUACCAGCCUUCAUCCGAGGGCCACUGAGCAGUUUACGAUAUAAAAACACAAAAAUGCAUAGCAUGUUAACAAACAAAGACAAUCCCCUCCCAGUUUAAAAGGCAAUAGAUUGUUUACUUAACCAAAGGCCUGGAAGAAGAGGAAUGUUUUUUUCCUGGCACUUAAAGAUAUGCAAUGCUUUCAGUGUUUCCUUCAAAACGAUGAGGACUAGGAUUUUUUUGAGGGUGGGCAGUGAAGAACAGUGAGGUUAGACGUGCCCAGUACACCUUUUCAGUCUCUAUAGAAUGCGAAUAGCCAUGCAGUUUUGACAGCCUCCCCGAUAAACCUCUGGAUUGGGCCUUGCAGGAUCACUCAAUCUUUAUCUUGCUGUUAAAUUUUUAUUAUAAACAGAUCUUCAUAUUUGCUGAGCAUCAAUAAAGGUGCCUUUUUGAGGUUAUAGAAGAAAGGGCACAAUUUGGGAUUUAAACCACACAAGGAACUGUCACACUCUGUCCUGUUCAUCGGUUUGGACAUCUGGAGUAUGAUUUUUCCAUAUGGCACCAGGGCCAAAAUGGCUUCUGAGAAUAAACGAAUUCAUGGAAGGUCCAGCUUUGUCUGGAUUCCAGUUGAACACACUUAGCUGGAGGUGCCUCUUAGCAAUAAGGCCACAGUACCGAUUUCACCCUGAGAUGUAAAAUAUUUCAAUCUCCCGUUUGGAUUGCCCCACUUGUAAGACCCGGCACCACAAUGGCAUUGCAUGUUAGGAUCGUCCUACGCUUGUGUAGGACCCUGGUGGAGACACAUGCCUGACUGGCAUUUUCUCUUCCUCCUGGUCGAUCUUUCGGGAGCUUCAAAAGCUUUCUCCAGUCCGAACAUCACAGCGACUGAUACCAAGAAGCACCGGCACACUUAUGAUCCUGAAGAGUAUUUGCAGUUUGCGUAACAGAACUCAGUAGCACAGCAUUUUGGCUAAUCUACUUUAUUUACAUAUAAUACACUCGGAGCAUUCUGACUUAGCUCCUUCCUCUUUCUCAUCAGACAGCAAAGAGAAAGAAACAAGGGACUAUAGUCCCACUUCACGGAACACAGUAACAUAAACAUCCUGUCUCUGUCACUUCCCACACUGUGGAAUGAAAACAUACACCAUCAUGUGAUAGACAACAAUCUCAUGACUGCAAACAUGGAGCAAGAAUCCUAACAUUGCAUUCCCCACUUGACAGGCCAUUCCUGCUCAUGCUUGGAACGGAGAGGGGAGCUUUGGUGGAGGGUUUGGGUGCUGCUGUGGGUUAAACCACAGAGCUUAGGACUUGCUGAUCAGGUCGGCGGUUCGAAUCCCCGCGACGGGGUGAGCUCCCGUUGCUCGGUCCCUGCUCCUGCCAACCUAGCAGUUCAAAAGCACACCCAAAAGUGCAAGUAGAUAAAUAGGUACCGCUCCGGCGGGAAGGUAAACGGCGUUUCCGUGCGCUGCUCUGGUUCGCCAGAAGCAGCUUAGUCAUGCUGGCCACAUGACCCGGAAGCUGUACACCGGCUCCCUUGGCCAAUAAAGCAAGAUGAGCGCCACAACCCCAGAGUCGGCCAUGACUGGACCUAAUGGUCAGGGGUCCCUUUACCCUUACUUGUGAGGGCAAACGCCUUUAAGGGUGCGCCUCUGCCCAUCUUCUGCGAGGCAGGGCUUCCUUCUGCACUGCUUGGGCCCCAUCUCCCUUUGCUCAUCUUCAUCCAGCAGACUUGUUAGAAGCUUUCAGCCUUAGUUCUCCAGCCUAGCUCUCACCUUCAGGUGGAGGCCUGAGGAAGAAGGACCUGGGGGGACCCUAGUGACUUGGCCCUUGUUGCCUUUCAGACGAUGGUGCUAGCCAGCGGGGGCCAGGAUGGGGCCAUCUGCCUCUGGGAUGUGCUGACGGGCAGCAGGGUGAGCCACAUGUUUGCCCACCGUGGGGAUGUCACCUCCUUGACUUGCACUACCUCCUGCGUCAUCAGCAGCGGCCUGGACGAUGUCAUCAGCAUCUGGGACCGAAGCUCCGGGAUCAAGCACUAUUCCAUUCAGCAGGUGUGCGGCUGGGGGACCCUUCCUCAGACAAUCAGAAAAUCUCACUGCCGGGAAGAACAGCAGUGGCAAUUAGGCUGUGCUGCUUGGAUGAGGCAGCGAGAUCCAGUAGCACUCCGGUUGUCCUGGCAACCUCCCAACCACUCUGUAGUAAUGCGCUGAAUGUGGGGCUGCCUUUGAAGAUGGCGCAGAAGCUUCCAUGAGUCGAGGGAGAGUUUUAAGGGCUCUGCAAUGGGGGUUCCGCCUGUUGCCAAUUUGUUUCUGACCUAGAUUCAAGGCACAGGGCCUUUUAAAGACUUUGUAUGGCCCAGAUCACCCAGAGAUUUGGAGUGUGUUGAGUAAUCAGUGCGCUGGUGGCGCACAGCUCUGUUCUCCUUUCUUUGUUUCUCCACAACUCUGGGGUGGUGUUUGUUCUAUAAUAGGCUGGAUGAGAACCAUUAAUAACAAUAAUAGUAAAUUUUAUUUAUACCCCACCCUCACCAGCCAAGAUCGGGCUCAGGGCGGCUAACAACCAAUAAUAAAAAUAAGUUGAUUGAAAUACAACUUAAAAACCAGGUAAAAAUACAACAUUAAAACAUUAAAAUGCAGCCUCAUCACAGGAGAAAGGAAAAAAGAAAGAGGGGGAGGGAAUCAAGUUGAUUCCAAGCCAAAGGCCAGGUGGAACAACUCUGUCUUACAGGCCCUGCGGAAAGAAAUCAGAUCCCGCAGGGCCCUGGUCUCAUGAGGCAGAGCGUUCCACCAGGCCGGGGCCAGUGUUGAAAAGGCCCUGGCUCUGGAUGAGGCUAAUCUAACUUCCUUAGGGCCUGGGACCUCUAGGGUGUCGCUCUUUAUGGACCUUAAGAUAUUGAAGCUGAAACAAGGCACUGCUCGUGGUUGUGUCCCUUGACUGGCUUCCCCCAAAGCAUGAGGUGAGCAGCGUGGGGCACUUCUGGGUCUGCUUCUGUCGCUCGAAACACAAGUGGCCUCAGAUGCUCAAAAUUCUUCCAUCUGUUUCAGCCCAUGGCUCAACUGCAACCCUGUGUGGGCAGGGAUAACUUGGCUCCAGUUGUCUAGGCUGCGUUACCAUCUAGGUUAGAUUGCUGCAAUACAUGGGGGGCUGCCUUUUCAAGACAGUUCCAAAACUUACAGCUACGGCAGGAUUCAGCAGCCAGACUUUUAACUGAGACCAGAAGGUCUGAACAUAUUACACCAGUUCUGGCCUGACUACACUGGCUGUGGAGUAGUUCAUGGGUUCAGUUCCAAGUUCUGGUUUUGACCUUUAAAGCCCCGUGUGGCUCACGACAAUAUCUCAAGGAUCACCUCUCCCUGCAUGAAGCAUCCCAGACCUUGCUGGUCUUCAUCAGGGGCCCUUCUGUGGGUGCCCCACCUGAAUGGGAUGCAGAGAGUGGCCUUUUCAGUGGUGGCCUCCUGUCAGUGGAAUGCCUGUCAGUCUUUAGGCCCCAGGCAAAGGCCUUUCGGUUUACCCAGGUCAUUGGGAAAGCUGCCUCCUGCAGUGGUGCUCAUCUUUUAGUUGUAUGAGCCCUUUGUGUAUUUAAUGUUGUUCAUUGUAUGACAUUUUUCUGUUCUUUAAAGUCUGAAAAAUGUAGUACAGUGGUGCCCCGCAAGACGAAUGCCUCGCAAGACGAAAAACUCGCUAGACGAAAGAGUUUUCCGUUUUUUGAGUCGUUCCGCAAGACGAAUUUCCCUAUCGGCUUGCUUCGCAAGACGAAACGUCUUGCGAGUUCUUGCGAGUUUGUUUCCUUUUUCUUAAAGCCGAUAAGCCGUUAAUAGCCGCUAAUAGCCGUGCUUCGCAAGACGAAAAAACCGCAAGACGAAGAGACUCGCGGAACAGAUUAAUUUCGUCUUGCGAGGCACCACUGUAGUAAUAGAUCCAGGUUAACGGAAGGAGAGUUGUGUUCCCUCCCUUUAUAUUUGUGCCUGUUCACUGAAGUUUCCCAGUGAGACCUUUGCCAGAUUAUCCACAGUGGCUGCUAGGGCUCUUUUAGGAUCAGCCCUGCAGUUGUGGACUUUACACUAGACAUACCCAGGUCUCCUUAGAAUUAGUUUAGACCAGGCCUCCUCAACCUCGGCCCUCCAGAUGUUUUGAGAAUACAAUUCGCAGCAUCCCUGACCACUAGUCCUGCUAGCUAGGGAUGAUGGGAGUUGUAGUCCCAAAACAUCUGGAGGGCACAGGUUGAGGAAGCCUGGUUUGUUGUUGUUUAGUCAUUUAGUCGUGUCCGACUCUUCGUGACUCCCUGGACCAGAGUGCUCCAGGCACUCCUGUCUUCCACUGCCUCCCGCAGUUUGGUCAAACUCAUGUUGGUAGCUUCGAGAAAGCCUGGUUUAGACCUUUUUAAAGCAGUCUUUUAAUCUUCAGGCAUGCCCAAGUAUGUCAUGGAUGUGACAGAAAGUCAAAUUAGUGAGUGUUACAAUUUAGAACACGGGUGGUGCUGUGGUCUAAACCACUGAGCCUCUUGGGCUUGCCGAUUGGAAGGUUGGCGGUUUGAAUCCCCGCAAUGGGGUGAGCCGCUUCUGGCGAAACCGUUUUUCGGUCCCAGCUCCUGCCCACCUAGCAGUUCGAAAGCACGUCAAAGUGCAGGUAGAUAAAUAGGUACCGCUCCGGUGGGAAGGUAAACGCCGUUUCCGUGCGCUGCUUGGUUUCGCCAGAAGCGGCUUAGUCAUGCUGGCCACAUGACCCAGAAAAACUGCGGACAAACGCUGUCUCCCUUGGCCAGUAAAGGGAGAUGAGCGCCGCAAGCCCAGAGUUGUCCGCAACUGGACUUAACUGUCAGGGGUCCUUUACCUUUUUACAAUUUUGAACGAAACACAUUUUGAUUGCCAUUUUAAAGUCUUGGUGGCUUUCUGUUUUGGAACGUAUCUAAAUUGAAAAAACAGCUGUAGUGUUACUACUUUAUUUCUCCUUUGAUUUUUCUUUCAGUUGUUUUUUAGGUCUGGCUCCUGGUUUUCAAAGAGAGCCAAGUGCCAAAGUCAUGCCUAGGGAAGGAAGAGGGGCUGUCAUUGACUCCUAGCCACGAUGACUUUGUUUCCACACUUGGAGACAUCAGUGCUUCUGAAUAUUAGUUGCUGGAAACCACAGAAGGGGAGAAAUGCCCUUGUGCUUGGGUCCCUGCUUGCUGGUUUCACAGAAUCAGCUAGUUGGCCACUGCGAGAACAGGAUGCUGGACAGCCAUUGGCCUGAUCCAGGAACCUCUUAUGAAUUACACCUUGGGUGGCUGGAACGUGCGUUCUGACACCAGCAGUUGCCUGUAAUCCGCGCCUCUGGUGCUGUGGACACACAUGGCAAAGAUUACCCCCACGUACCUCAUGACAGGCUCCGUUCAGCCCCACCUCCCCUUCUCACCCUCUUUCCGUUUCCUCUCUGCACAGGAUAUGGGAUGUGGGGCCAGCCUGGGAGUGAUCUCUGACAACCUGCUGGUGACCGGAGGCCAGGGCUGCGUUUCUUUCUGGGACAUCGGCUACGGAGACCUGCUGCAGACAGUCUACCUGGGCAAGAGCAAUGAAUCGCAGCCCGCCCGGCAGAUCCUGGUCCUGGAAAACGCGGCCAUCGUCUGUAACUUUGGCAGCGAACUCAGCCUGGUCUACGUCCCGUCAGUGCUGGAGAAGCGAGACUGAAGCAGGAUCUUGCGGACAGGCCAGAAAGGACCUCCUCAACCUUCUGAUUUUCUAACUAGGAGGGGCAGGGAUCAGGGCAGUCUCUUGGGGAGCAGAGAGAGCCGCUGCCUCUCCCCAUCUUCCAGCAGUUCCAUUUUCUUUCCCCGGUCUGCAAUUUGACGGUGGUGGAAGAGAAGGGGGCUGACAUCCGCAGGGGUUGAGCAAGGGGGUGGUUUUCUCCGUGCUCACAAUAAGCUAAGAAGAACCCGGCACCAGAGGACUGUGGAGGUAGAACACCCUGCUGUGGCUGCAGGUAGUAGUUGCGUGUGAGCAAGCGUUGAGAGAUGGUGGGCUGAGGGAAGACCCUCCGUCAAAGCCCUGCCUCCCACUUGCAAUCUAUAAAAGGGAGAUGGGUGUGUGAGGACAGGGCUGCAUCCCCAAUAAGUCUUUUGCUCUGGCUGCAGUGCCCAACUCCUCCCUCGAAGGUCUGUCGCUGCAGGAGCUCUUUGCACAUGCCCGUGAGAGCUCCUGCUGGGCAGGAUGUGUUUGUGUGUGGCCUCCUGAGGCACAGCGAUAGCGAGGAACAGCUGCUUCAGUGCUGUUGCUCCACACACCCCCUCCUCCUCCUCCUUCCUGAGCUCCAUCCUUCCUCUCUCCUCUGGCAGGCACUGCUUCUGUCCCACACUUUGAAGGAGGAAAAAACUGGGCUGGCAGCUGUGGUGGGACUCCUACGCCUGGGCAGGUGGAGGUGGGUGGGUAGAAUUUUUAGCUGUUUUCCUAGAGGGAAAGAGAGCUAACACACCGAGAGCCUGUGAGGUCUCUCCAGCUGCAGUAGCCCUGGGAUAGCUGUCCUACCGAUGCCACAGUCCUCGUGGCAGCCUCCUCCGGCCUGCAAAGGGUAGGCAUACUGCGCUACCUGCCCUAUUUAUUGAUGUGCUGUACAUAGUUAUUUAUUCUGGCAUGCAAGCGUGAGGGGAGUGGGGAAGCUUGAACUCCCAGGAGCGGAAGGCCUCUGCACCACCUGCUCACGUACCCUCCCUCUGCAUCAGCCUGGAUUGGGCCAGUGAAGGGGCUGCAGGCGGCUGUUCUACAACGGCUAGAGCUAGCUUUGUACUGUGGAGAGAAAGUGGGGGGCAGGCAGGGGCCUGGCUUCUGCGCCCAACACUGAGGUGGGCGUCUCUGCCCCUCUCCCAGCCUGCCAGAAUACCCCUGCUUUUUACACAACUCCAAGAGGGAGAUAGAUGAACGGUUUGCCAGAGCAGCAAAGGCUGAAGCUUCGGGGCCAGUGGCAGACCUUGGAGUCUCAAAUUUCAGUGGUGCCCUCUGCAGCGCCAAAAUUCAGACUUCCCUCGCCUUCCAUUCUGCGUAAUAGUUGCGGCACCCCCCAAGGCUGUUCGCGCUCCCCUAAAUCCACAGCAGAGUGCGCAACUUUUAUUUUUGGGUGCGCUGGGCUGCAGCUCUGGGAGGAAAGAAAGCAAAAGAGCAAGGGAAGGAACAGAGGUAGCAGAGACACAGAGAAAUGGAGGAAGAGCUGCUGGAAAAAGCAACGCUUUUGAAACGGUAAUACCAUUAAUUGACUGUCUAGUUCACGGUGUUUUUACUUUAGCAUCUCCUGCCGUAGGAGCCCUGUGCACUGUAUGCUACUCAAGGGAGCUGGGGGGGAUUAACCUGCUGUAUUCUGUUUGUCCCACUGCCCCAAGCUUGGCAGGGGCAAGAGACUACUUUGCAAUGCUGGCCAGUGGAGGCCCAUUCAGGGCCUCAAAGCACACACCCCCCCGGCCCCCUUGUGCCCGCUGCUUCCUCUUGGGUCGUUGUCCGUGUCCACACCAUGCCUCAGGUGGCCUUAGCUCUGCUGUGCCCUUUGGACUGUACAGCAGCAGCUGCUUUUGUACCAGAUUGUGUUUUAUAAUGUGUACAGAGACAGACACAUUAAACAGAACUAACUUAA